GAGAAGGAGAUGAUUAAAGCAAGAAGAAAGACAGCAAGAGGAGAGGCAGAGAGGAAGAGAGAGAUGGAGGAGAGAGGGAGGGAUGGAGAUGGUGCUGGAGAGGGAGGAGGGGAGGAGAGAGCAAGCGUCAGCACUCCAUGCGUUAAAAGGGCAGAUGGUAACCGCGGGUAACUGAGGAGCAAACCACUCUGCUGGCCACAGAGCAAGAGAUCAGCAGAGAGAGGGAGGAGGAGGAGGGAGGGAGGAGGAGAGCGAGCACAUGCAGCGCAGGCAGCAGAGGAGAGGAGAGGAGCAUCUGAGAGGAAGCUGCACGCCGCCUCUGACAGAAAAGACUGAGUUCUUCUUCUCCUCACUAACAAGGAGGCAAAGAGAGAAACAAAGACAGGAGAGAGAGGGAGGUAGAGUAGGAGGAGGAAAAAGUAUCCCUCCUUUCCACUUGGAGGAAGACAAAGAGGGAGGGAAAACAAAAGGGGAGGCUGAAGUGGAGAGAGAGGAAAGGCAGCCGGCGGGAGAUAGUUAGAGGAACUGCAAGGCUGAUCAAUGAGGGAGCUGAGAUUUCGGGAAGAAAUUUCUACUCAGCAAGAAUAAGAGGAGGGAAGAGAGGGGGAGUCAAUGACAAGGAAAGAUUGAUGAAUGAAAGAUGGGAGCAAAACAUCUGGAGAGGAAAAGGACUGAGAAAUAAUUAAAGGGAGACCUAGAGAGAAUUAAGAAAGAGAAUAAAAACAUUUAGAGGAAGAGAAGGAGAUAAGAGAGGAGAGGAAGGAGGAGCAGAGGGUGAAAUAUUUAAAAAGAGACAGAAGCUGAGGGAAGACGAGCGGAGAGUCAGAGAGUCACCGGCACAAAACUUCGAGAAGAGAGAGAAUAAAUCAGAGCAGCAGCAGGGGAGGAGGGGGCGCUCCUCCUUUUCUCCCUUUUUCUGACUUUUUUUUUGUGAAGUCCCUCCUCCUCUUUAUAAAACAGAGGAGGAAAUGAGGAGAGCAGGAGCAGAAGAUUAAGGAAGAGAAGAAGACUUUUGUUUCUGCAGAUAGAUUGCGCUCAAAGUUUGUCAAACUUAAGCAAACCCAAUGGCGUGCUACUACAUUGUGAUCAGUUCCACCCACCUGCGUGAUGGACAGCUGAGGAGCAUCAAAGGGGUGUUCAGAGGACCAAUAGGAACCACCGGACAAAGAAACACGGUAAGGCCUUAUUGUCCAUGCUUUCUUUUGGCUUCUUAGUUUGCUGUAAGACAGAAAAAAAUGGACGUGUUUCAUUUUAAAAAGUUUGUUUCAAGCCUUUAAUGUGAGUUACGGCUUUGAAAACAUCAAACGAUGAACUUUUUUUCCUUGAUACAUUCCUGCUCUGAGCACCUUUAAUCAACAUGAAUCCAGUCUAAUCUGCGGCGCAUGUGUGUCUUUGUUUUUUAUGUGCUCCAUCAAAGAAAAGCCAUUACCUCUAAAUCAGCAUCAGUAAAACCACUCCCACUCACUUGAUUGUCAGCUUCUUAAUCACCCUGUUUGCCAGGUUAAUUAAUUGCCACUUCCAUUAGGUUAAUUGACUUGGAGGCAGAAAGAUGCAGAAAGAUGGGGGGUGGGCUAUAGCUGGAGAGGGGUUUCCCUCUUCUCUUGCACUAAGAGCUCCUUUGGCUCCGUGUCUGCACUUAAACAUGUUUGGCAUCUCAUGUCCUACAUUUUAAAUGUUUGAUGUUUGAGGUCGGGAAGAAGUCAAGAUGUAUUUUUUUUUUCUUUCUUUCAUUUAGCUUCAGUUUAACAUGGCACUUAAGCUCCUUUACAGGGCGCACAUGCAGAAGUAAAGUGUUUGCAUGGCUUGAUGCACAAUGUUUGUGGAAGAUUUCCUCUUGUCCUCUUUAUCCACCCCUACAUUCCUUCCUUUUCAAGAGCCUUUAAAAAAGUGCAAAAAGUCAAAAUAAAGAAAUAAUUCAAAAUAGAAUAGGUUGACAAAAAAAUCUAGAGGUAUCUAUUAAAUCCUGAAUGAACAGAAGUUGAGGGAAACUUGCUGCGGUGUGCACUCUCGCAGCUGUGUGGGAAGAAUCUGUCCGACCAGAUGAGUCACACAUUUUCUUGACUUUUUUUUCUUCUCUUAAUCUUAACUCCAGCUAAACCUUGUGCCUUCACUCUCCGUCACUCUCACUGAACAGUACGGGCAAACAUGAUUACAGCAAGUCCUUGUGGAGACGCAACCCAAAAAAAUAAUAAUAAAAAUCCAGCAGGCUUUGAAGAGAGAGACAUGUGAUAAUGAGAUGUGAGGAUGUUGUUAUGUACGGGCAGAAAUACAGUACAUUCAUUACACACAAUCCAUAAAAUGCUCCUCUUAGCAGAGAAAACUCAUUUUACACAAUUCUCACAACUCCAUGUUUAAUUAACCUCUUUAUAACAAGGCUGUUUUAUGUUUUAACCAUAAAAAUCAUAAGAGCCAUAAACAGACUAAAUUUGGUGUUAAAUACUGAUGCUUUGAACACGGGUUGUAACCCAGCACCCUGUCUUUGUUCUGUCUCUUGGCCCUGUGUGUUAUCGCUGUCAGAUCAUAUUUCACUUUAACUUGUGUCAAUACUUUUAAUAAGCCUCAUAAAUCAUAUAUUAUGAUGACAUGCCACAGAGAGCUGAUGGGGCUAUCAGUCUAUGUGAGUGACUGGCCUACACUAAAUCAACAAUGCACCUGACUCAGACUGUAAUUAACUGAAGGAACAUAACAGGGGCUGCGGCAGCGCUCAAGUGUCCUGCAGCUGCAGCCGAGUGUUUAUGCUGUUUUAUUGGGUGUCUUAUUAAAACAGUGUUUGGCUGCAACAACUUGGCAUGCAGAUGUUGGACCUUUUUCAUUAUCACAUGAAUGCAUAAUGUAAGACUUGCAUAACACCGUGUUUAUAGUUUCAAAUGAAUACUGAAAUGAAUUCUUACGGGGCAAAUCCUAAAUCUGGAUUACAGCAGAGAUGGGAAUUUGUGAUCAUGUCUAACAAUGUCAUUUCAAAGCUAGACAGAGAAAGCUCAGGAUGAGAAUGUAGACAGAAAACUGUGUCUUUCAGUCUUUGGCACAUAUCAAGCACGUAAAGAGGAGCUAUGUGACACAAGAGUCUCCAAUCACAGUUAGGAAAGACCCCUUGAUCAAUUUUUAUGGACUAGUUUGCGGUCACUUCAAUGUGCACCCGGACUUCUUAUUUCCCCAAUUAUGACUAUAAAUCAAGCGACACUAGACUAUAAUGGUGUAUGGAGGAGUUUCCUGAUCUAAAGCCACCACUAUUACCAUUUAAAAAAUCAGGACAUUCGUCAGACACAGACACUGAAGAAAAAUAAUCAGUUUGUGUUUUGAUAAUUUUGGAAAAAUUAGCUGGCAACAGUUCUUUUGACCUCAGUCAGUCUCAAAUCGAGCUCUGACAAAACACUGCUUAAUUACUAUUUCCUGAUUUUCACAGCUGGGGAUUGGGUUUUGGCUAUGGAGUAAGCAGCACUGAAAUUUAGUUCAAAACAAACUAAAAUCAGGUUUGAAUGUCCAAGACCUAAUUUCAACAUUUUAAUACAGUUACAACCCCAAUGUGCCUGAAAACACAUCAUUUUUCUCGAUGAAAUGUUCAUGGUAAGGCUUAAAGGAGGAUGGGGGUGAUUGUUGUGACAUUAUUUCUCCAAAGUCAUUUUCCAUCAAUGGUUAAAACCCUGUUUUGUUUUCUUUGCGCAAAGAUUAUGAACAGGGCACUUUAAGGGCUAUGUGAUGUUAAAAAGAGACAAGAGAGUUCAGAGCCAUCAUAAAGAGAGCGGUGUGAAAUGUUCUCUGCAGAAGAAUAAAACAGGACUGCGCUCUGAGUACAACGGUAGACAGAUCUGUGAUGCUGUCAUAUCAUGAUUGGUGGACAAAAGAAUAUGCAAGAGCUUGGUGACCAAUGGGACCAACUGUUGGGUUGGAAGAUAUAUGUUCUAAACGUACCACCCCCUUUUGUUUUUCUAUUACUGACCGUGACGCACUGUUCGACAACAUUUAUGCUGCAAUGUACACAAGAUGUGACUUGAACAUUGUUGUAAAUAUGUAUAUUGUGUGAACCAAAGCACAUUUUUGUCAUGUGUUCAGUAGAAAAAUGCUCUGUGGGUAGUGGUUUGGCCUCAAACAACACAGCUGGAUUUAGUAAAAAAAAAAGGUCAAGCUUUGGUUAAAAUGCUGCAGCAUCUUUGUGGUCAUGGUUACGGUCAUGGGCAACUGCUUCAGUUUUGCAAGCCAUAGAUUUAAGUUUUAACUCAAAGAAAAGAAAUAAAUAUGGCUGUCAAAUUGUUGGGCAUUUAUUUAUUUUAUUAUUUUGUGUUAGUAGUGAACAGUAAUAUCAUUUACAACAUAGUUAUUACAUAAAUGUUUGCAGUACCAGGUACAGCCUGCUUGUUUUCUGGACUAAUUCCACUUUGGCCUCAGAUUUGAGUAGGCAUGUCCUGAAGACUUGGCUCAGGAGAGAAAAACAGGAACUUAAAAGUCUAACAUAAGGAUAUGAUUAAUUGUGUCAUUUUCUUUUUUCACUGUGCAAAUAUAUCUCGUACAGCUUACUGCCCACUGAAGUCUAAGUUCACUGAACCUGUCUUUUCAAAUUUACAUUUUUGUUGGUUAUUGUGUCUUCAGACAUCGGCAUCUUGGCAGCAACUUGUCUGGUUAAAUAACUUUUAAAGCAUCCAUCUCCCAUUGUGAUUUUGAAAUUCAAACUUCUAACACUCCUCGUAAGUCUCUAAAGCUUUGUCAUAACUUUGACUGUUGGGAUAAAAAGAAUCUCAAAGGACAAGUUCCCACAUUUUGUUGGCUCAUGCAACACCCAUCUUCUCCUUCUCCUGUGUACACCGUAAAAUACCUUCAAACUUUUCCUCCUGAGUCAUAAUUACCGUGGCUUACAGAGGUCUUUAUCUCUAAUGCUUCUUUAUUUCACUGAUGAAAACUUUUCUGUUUCUUGGGGAAACAAAUCUCAAAUUUUUGUUGUUUUUGAGAAUUCUCACAGAUGGAGCUUCUUCCUACUUUGAUUGAAUGUGAUUUCUAGCAAAACCCACAUUUUUCAUGACAACCUAUGACAGAAAACUUACAACAGAUGUUCAAUUACACUCCUUUUACCAUGUUUUUUUUUUUUGCUUCAAUAAAUAGAUGACAAACAUUUGACGUGUUUUCAGCACCUUUACCAAGUGAGAAAGAAUACAAAGUUACUUCAAUGACAUUAAACUCAGAAAACAUAAGCUAAAGUUUCCACUGAAAACACAUUACCAUAAAUACAUCUCUAAUUACCCACACACGAAAACGGAGGCAUCUCUUAGGCACGUAUUCAACUGUGUUCGUCACCUCAUCCAGGAAUAGAAAGCCAUAUCAAGAGAUUUAAUAGGCGGACAACCACACAUGACGAUCAUCAGUCACCUUGGGUCCUCAUGUACCAGAGCUAAUUUUAUCUCUAACUUCUUCAGCGCGGGCAGGUCUGAUGAAAUUUCAUGAAACGAUCACGUCUUGAAAAUUCACAUAAUCAUGCUGUGUGCAUGGGAAAUGAGAGAUGUAUGUUCAUGCCAGCACAAAAGGAUUGCAUGAGAGGAUGGCAGAGACGGGAAGCAGUUUGAAGCCAAAAAUGUGUGAAGUGAGAGAUCAGUGGGACGGAUGAGUGUCUCCAGUUUGCUUUGAACUCAAGUUCAGUUUCAUUUUCCUGCUUUUUUCUGAUAAUUAUGAACAAAAUGCUACCUUAAACCUUCGAUUAGAGUUUACACGCUGUCAAAAUGUAAUUGAAAUGAUAGAAAUGUAAGUUUUGGUAAAUUAUUCUUACUGGGGUAUCAGUUAUUAUCAUUAUCACACUGAACCGCAAGAGUGUGGGGGCUGCAUGGUUAUCCAGUGCAAAUGGAGACUGAUAUGAAAAACAUAACCUUACUUUUACUGCACUAAAUUUACUGUUAAUAAUGUAUGUGGGAGGCACUGCUGAAGUGAAGUCACCAAACCAAGUUUCAAGGCACUAAAAAAGUAUUAAAGUCAAGUCUGAGUCAGGCCUCCUCUAUUGAUAUGCUUUAAUUUUAUAUCAAAGAGAGAAGUUUAACUCCAACCUUUAAAUGUAUAAACCUUCUACAAACUGUGUCUGACCACUUGGAUGCUCAGAAAACACAUUUCAUUUUUUAAAAUCUGAUUCUGACUGAUGCUGUCAGUGUGUCUGCGGAUUUGAAUGAUCAAUUUCCAUUCACAAUUUAAAUCUAAGCGCUGUGUGGACAUGUGCACCACACCUUUCCUCAUGGUUCAAUAACACCAUCUAUUCUGAAUCACUCUAGUUAAUAAACUCAGAAAUACUUGCAGCUCAUCUGAUAUUCAUGAGAACUUUUACUGAUUAAACAUCUUCGACUUGGUAAUUGAGUCUCCUUAGUUGCAAAAAUUAUAGCUAGCUGGUGUACAGUAGCAUAAUAAAUAGUUCUGACUUUUAGGAUGCCUGUACAGAUGUUUACUUGAGUUUGAGGUUUUUUAUCUUCUCCUUAAUUAUUUUUUGAGUUGAGUUGAGUCUCAAGUCCUGGACUUAAGUACUUCAAGCUCCUGUGAGGAGUUUUUCUCUGGUUUUGAAACAAAAUUUAAUUAACACUGACAUCAAAUGGCACAGUUAUUGACAAGAUCCUUAAUUUCUAUUUCUAUCUAGUUUUAAUGUCAAAAACUGUUGCUGCAGAGUAGGUGUGAAAGGCAAAAUGAUGCUGCCAAUCUGUAAUCUCCACAGCAAAGAUUCUUGAUUUGAGGUACAUUUGACCGUUGAAAGACAACAAAAGGAUUUUUUAAUUGAAAAACAAAACAUCCAUGUGUACAGGACAAACGACAGAGGAGAUUUAAGGUGACUGAUUUGUCCACAAGAGUGCAAAAAUUAACAUAUGGUGGGAGUAACAUUGUGUACUUUGCCUCUCCAGAUCUCUAAUGUAGUUCCUUGUGGUCCUAGGCUAACUCCUUUUACUUUGAGUGACUUUGAAACCAUGCUGUGAUUUGAUUGGUAUUAAAAGCCAAAAGACUGUUGGCUGUCUUUGGCACAGCCCUAACUAAUCCCAGUUUGGCAGAGACAUGAUCAUUGUCUCAUUUGAUUAGUUGAGUAUGAUAAUUAUUACUUGGUUUUAUAGGUGAAGUGAAAAAAGCAGAUUCAUUCACCAUUACUAAUGCUAUCACCACACAGCCACUACAUAGGAUUUAGAGGGCUGCUGAUUUCCUCAUGUCAAUCAAAAGAAAAGAAAAAUGGGACAGACAAGAGAAACAGCACACAUACAGGUAAAUAAGGGGUUUAUUAACAGCAGGACUAUCUGUUCUCUUUGACUACACCAAACUUUGAAGGAAUCACUGUUUUAAUACACUUUAACGCCUGAGAAUGUAAUGUUCGCAGCAUUAUCUGUUCCUGUAUCAUCACUGCACUCUCAAACCCGAUCCUCAUUUCCUGAAAUCUCUGACACUUUGUUGCUCAACAGGUGAGCAUUUAGCGGCUGCACACAGCAAACAGAUCUCACACUGCAUUCUUGAUAUCACCCUCUUCUCUCCUCUUUAAGGGGAAAAUAAAUCAUCCUAACACCCUGAAUAAAAUGUUGUUGUUUUUUCUCUACCUUAAUUGGCUGACUGUGCCAGCGAUAUUUGGGCACGUUGCCUGUGUCUCUCUGUGUUACUAUUCAUGCUGUCAACACUGCUCGUCUCAAAAACUGCACCGCCUGGUCCAAAGCCUUCAUUUAAUAAAACAACAUUUUAAAACCAUUCAAGAAGUGCACAUGCAUAAAUCUUCUUAGUGAUUGUGUGUGUUUUUCUGUAACUCAGGUAGUUCGCACAGUCACUUCGCUGCGGCAUUAAUUCAUGAUAGCCCACCAGCUGUCAGCGAAUUUUUCACACCUUCCCCAAUAUCAGCGAGGCCACAGUUGUGUUGCUAUAGAAACAUUGAUUCCAGUAAGUUAAAUAACGCUGAUUUUUUUCCUACACCCUACUUGGCAAAAAAAAAAAUUGACAUCAAAUUCCUUCUGAGCACAUAAUUUAUUCUCUGCAGUGAUAUUUUUUCUAGCAAUUUGGUUUGUUUGGGAGGCUUCCUGAGCUGGAUGUGUGAAGUGCACUCUCAAGGAAGCUUUUUCUGUUCAACAGCUCAUGACUGAGGAAACAGGCCAAAAAAAAAAAAAGGAAAAAGGCGAGUUAACUGUGUUUAGGUUAUUUUUUUCUUUAUUUGAACUCAGUCUUUUAGUGUUGUGUGUUUUCAAUUAAAAGCCCAGGUGCUGCCGACUGUCUUGUAAAAGUAAUAAUGUCCUUGAGCCGCUGGGUUAUGGUGCAAUAUUCUCACUCUGUGCUAUCGACUAUUAGACAUCAGGCCUAACAACACCCAUGACAAUACAGCUCUAAAACCUACUGCCUCUCAGCUGUCAGAGCUUCACGUGUGUGAGUGUGUGUCUGUGUGUCAGUGUGUGAAAAAGAGAGAGAGAGAGACUGUGUGUUUGUGUGUGUGAUUUUUGGGUUUGGGCAAUGUCGCCAACAACAUGGCUCCUCACUCCAUAAAUUAACACUGAUGAGGACACACUGCACACACGUGUGUAUGUUUUUGUGCAUGUGACUAAGUGACUGCAUGUAUCAACUCCUUUGUGUGUGUAGGUGUGUAUGUGUGUGUGUGUUUGGUGACUGAUAUGAUCCGUCUGCCUGAGUUCAAGUGGGUAUGAAUGUGUGCAAGCAUGUUCCCCUUUGUGUGUUCGGAGAUGUGACUUGCAUGCCAUGACUGUGUUUGUGUGUGUGUGUGUUUAUUCAGUAGUUGUGAGUACAUGGUGUGCUUCAUUGAUGUGUGAAACAUCAGCUAUGACUGUGGAGCCAUCUGCUCCAAAGGGAGAAAUAGAGUGUAAUUGUGUGUGUGUGUGUGUGUGUGUGUGUGUGUGUGUGUGUGUGUGUGUGUGUGUUUUCUCCAUGCAUGGGUGUGUUCGUGUGACUAAGCAGUGUGCACACGUGUGUAAACAACUUGGCCAGAGCAACAAGUUGUUUUUUGACACGAGAGACAUUCUGAGGUCUCAAAGUUAGAAGUUCAUGUUCAAACUUUUAAAGCGCCCCUCAUGUCUGCAUAUUUAAGUCAAAAUUUUAACUUUCUAUUCAAUACUUAGGAUAUGUUCACUGCAAACAUUUAGUUGAAGUGCAAGUCCACCGACUCAAACAGCAAAACGAUCAUGUAUAAACAGCCUUUAAAAUACCGGAUUGAACAGUUCUGUGCGAUUUAAGCUGGUCAUUAACAAACGUACUUAUCCCUCUUCAGUGCAGCUCUCGUUUUGCACAACUGGCAUCUUUUCUGUAACUAAAAAUAGACAGCACAAAGUACAAAACCACAGCUUCAAAUGUGGGGAAGCAGGAACAUGCAUUAACCCAAAUACAUAAACAUAACUUACAUGCAUUUACUUCUCUUGGUUGUACAUAAGCGUCUUUAUGUGAUACAGUUAGGAAGAAAUAAACCUAAAAAUAUACAUCCUUGCUGACAAAGACAGUUGCUUUAUUUUGGUUCAUUUUCUAAAUUAUUUGAGGCUGGAAAAAAAAAAGAAAAAAAAUUGUCAGCCGUCUGAAAAUUUCAGCCCUCUAAAAGUAUUUAUAGAAACUUUCAGCUUGCAAAUCACCAAAACCAAACUUAAUGAGUUGCUAGAUGGUGAUUCAACUUUGGGAAAACAUGUUUUUGCAAAACCCAACAAGCCUGUGCUCCUUGAAAUCUUCACAAAAUCCUCACGCUACUUUGGAAAUCAGAGACUCUCUGAAUAUGAAACAUCACUGCCAUUAGGCUUUGACAAGAGGCCAACUGCUGAGACUCACAGCAUAUGCUGUUGUUAAAUGCUCACAGAAUAAAGAAACAUAGAUGUCUGGGAACAUACACAUAAAUUAUUUCACUUAUUUACUCUCAGAAAAUAGCACACACCAGGAAAGGCAGCAUAUAUAUGUGUACGCAGUUUAAAUUAUUAAAAGAAGGUCAUGCAUGAAACCAACAACACAAUGUGGAGCUGUAGUCUCUUUGAAGAUGUUUGCCAUCACCUGCCUCUUUCAAACAGAUCUCACCCCACCUUUGCUAUCUGAAUGUAGGGUGACCUUACAUCCUCUUCUACCCAGACAUGUCCUCUUUUUGGGGGGGGGGGGGCUGUCCGGCCUAGUCUGGUGGAGUUUGUAAAAUCCUUCAAAUGUCCAGGGUUUUGUAUGGAAGUUUUGAGUUUGUAUUGCGUUGACUUACUGAGUUAGAAGCACGUAAAAACACUUGACCUGAUCCGCAGAACUCUUAAAAUUUACUACAUGCAACUCCGUGUCUCUGCCCCCGCAAAGUCGUGUUCUCUUUUGGGGGAUUCAGAAUAUGGUCACCCUAUCUGAAUGGACCAUUUCAUAAUCACAAAAUCACCUUACACAAAAACUGCAGGGCCAUAUUUACAGCAAAAAUAGUGUUUUAACAGACGCAAAGACUGUGUUGAAAACGUACUUGGCAUGCUGCAAUUUGGGCGUUAAAGACGCAAUAAGUAGUGUUUAGUUGUAAACAGAAGAAAAGACAUUCCUGAAAAGUUUCACAGUAGUGUAUAAUCAAAAAGUCUUUUUUGUCGUCAGUGUAAAAUGAGCCUUUAAUGUCCACAUAAUGGUGGGUCCCCUUCCAUCUUACUCUGACAUGUUGUCACACCGGGACAAAACAUACAAACAAAACAGUGACACACAGGUUCUCAGUGAGUAGCUUUGUGAAUAAUAUAGACAUAAAAUUUUGGUUUGAUUGAAGUUUUAUGGUAUUAGACAUACAAAGGAUUAACCUUAUGUCGCAAAGCUCCUUGUCCUUGAAGGCCACUGAUAGGAGCAAGGAAGCAUUUCAACCUAGAAUCUGGCCACUAAAUAUCAAAUAUCAAGUUUUUGUAUUUUUACACACUACAACUUUAAGUGUUAUAAAUUCUUUUGUCCCAUUACUUGUUUAAUUAUCAACUCUCUGUUUUAGGGUGCCAUGUCCUUAAAAAACUCUCAAAAUCAAGACUCAGAGUAGGGAUGCCUACUACUGCUCAGAAGGUAAACAAACUGAAGGGUUUGUAGUAAGAGAGGUGUUUGAUAGGGGAGAUGGUGGUAAUGUGUGCCGGAGCUGGCCGGGUGGAACAGUACUGUGUGUGUGUGUACAUGCUUAUGUGUGCAUGUGGAGCUUCUACUGUUUCAUAUGUGCUUCUUGUUGCCUCUGCAACACUGUAACACAAUAAGAAAUGACGUCAGGUCAUUGCUAUUACUUUGCUGUAGAUGUGCUAGCUUUAAGCAUGUUUGAAGGUUUAAGAACCAGCCUUGAAAAAUAUUCUCCCUGGUGCUACAUUGGCUCUGUCUUGGCUUCAUCUUUCUCUUGUUUCAAGCAUAAAUCAGUUUUCUUGAUUUUGUUCACGUAAAAAUUGGUAACAAACAUAGAUAAAGCAACAAACACAUAAACAUGGGCUUUUUGUGGUGCAGGGAAUUUCACAGCAGACUUCAUAAAAAUACGUAAAACUCAAAACACAAUACAGUUUAAUCAUAAAAUGUCCUAUGUCUUAAAAAAAUGUCUUUAAACUGACAUGCUUCAGUUAAAAGGUUGAUUCUUGCCUGGUUCUUGCGAACUGGUGCAAGGACAGUAGUCCAGUUUAAUCACCUGACUGAGCUAUAACCGUAGCUAAACUUAGCUUAGGGUGACCAUACAUCCUCUUUUACCUGGACAUGUCCUCUUUUUGAGGGGGCUGUCGGGCCUUGUCUGGGGAAGUUUAUAUAAUCCUUCAAAUGUCUGGGGUUUUGUAUGGAAGUUUUGAGUUUGUGUUGCAUGGACUGAGUUAGACUCUCAAAAUUUACUACACAACUCCAUGACUCUGCCCCAUAUAGUAGUGUCCUCUUUUUGGGAUUCGGAAUAUGGUUACCCUAACUUAACCGUGCAUGUGAACAUUGUCUGAUCUCGAGGCACCGUUUUCAUCAGUCCUCUUUUCCUGCUCUGUUUGGUUUGUUUAGGUUAAUGACUUUUGCACGUCCAGGGCGCUCUCUGCUGUCAUUGGUUAAUAUCACUGAUGCAAGGUAACAAACCACUGGUGGCAGAAAGAAAAAUCAAACAUGCUAGACUUUCUGUCAGGAGAUCUCAAGGCGUGGCAGUCACAUCCUCAAAUGUUUUUCAUGAUGACAAAGUGCAAGCAGUUAUGCGGGCCAAUGGGUCUGGGCGGUAAAUGUGCUUAAACUUAAAAUCAGUCUUUGAUUCAGGUAGAAACACAAUGCCUGUAAAUGAGUCAAGACCUGUAUCUGAAGCCAGUCUGUGAGCAAAAUGGACAGUCUAUCUAAAAUAUGAUUGUAAUGACAGGCUUUCUGGAAGAAUCAAUAAAAAACAUCCGUGUGAAAACUCAUUGAGAUUCAGAAGCCAGAAGAACAGAUGCCGAGGAGGAGGGGGGCGGGACUCAGUCUGUGUGUGUGUUGGUGUUGGUCAGUCAUGAUGUCAGGCACAAUAUGUUUACUACCAUUACCUUUCUGCAGUCAGGGAAACUUCUCACUGCUUUUAUAUGCAAAGACUGAUCACAAACAGCUUUCUACAUACCUCAAAGGGGUUAAUAUUAGCACGCUAAAUAUGCUGAAUGAGUGACUGGUUUUGUAAACACGGCGUUGGAGCAUUUAUAUCCAAAUAAGCUUUGUUCUGACUCUCUCAUGAGUCGUGAAUAGAAAAUGUUCUCUGGUGCUCAUGAAAUCCCUCGGGGUCACAUUUACCAUCAUGUUGCGCUUGGCGGAGCAGCUCCCUCUUUUACAUCCUGACUACCUCACAGGUUCAGAGCUUCUAUUUUUUUUUUUUUCUUCUUGCGUUUACAAACUCUACAAAUGGAAGAAUUUUUUUUUUUUCUGAAAUUACCGUGGUGGCCCCUUAUAAGGAGAACAACACCCAGAGAGAUGAAUUUUUCCAUCCAAAGAUGGUCUUAAUGAGUUGUGGAGUGCUUAAUGUUAAAGUAUAUAUUUAUGUUGCACGGUCGCUACUCGAUUACCAUGGAAACUGAGGUAGCACGUUGGAGGUGAGUGGGCGUCAACGCGACUUAGAUGAACCCUGUGAAUGUGGUGGGAGGGACAGAGAGAGAGAGAGAGAGGCUGAAAGGGAGAAAGUGACAGAGGAAAUGGAAGCAGAUGGAGAAAAGUGAUUUGAUGUUCAGAGAGAAAGUUUGUUGUGAUGAAAAGUUUGCUUUUCCUCUCUUUUUUUCUCUUACCUCAUUCUCUUUUUUUAUUAUCAUAUCCUCCUCUUGCAUACAGUAACCGCUCCUAACUUUUCUUUACAUGUCAUCUAUACAUCUGUCACUCCUCUCAUCCUCUUGUCUUUCUUCAACGGCUGCCUCGCUAACUUUUCCUAGCUUGUUGCCGUCACUCAUUCUGCUUUCAGAUCCUUUAUUGUCUUAUACAGAGAGGAAAUUUACAUUCACUGAGUGCACAAAAAAUAAUUUACACAACAUAACAACAGAAGUAUAUCGCAGGUUAGUUAAAGCAGUCAUAGCUGGGGGCGUCAAACUUCUCCCAAAGUGACUUCUUCCUCUGAAGAUGAAUGUUCGUAUUUUCAGCUGGAGGGGAAGAGAGUGAAAUAUGGUUUUAAAGGUGUCAGGGGUCCUCUACUCCGAUCAGUGCUCUGUAAGUGUUGGAAAUGUCAGGACUGCUCAACAAGUCCUGUAAUGAAACAUGACAAAUAGAGUUGUUCUUCUGUGCCUGACACAUGAGACGUUUUUAUAAAGAUAUCCUGCAAUAACAGCGUAAAAACGACAGUCGGUAUGCCUGCUUUGUUUAUAAUUUGACACAAAAAGUGCAGACACAGUGUUCUCUCAGUGUGGGAUUUGACAAAGCACACUGCUAUGAAGCAGCAACAUUGCUUUCUAAACAAUAAUAAUAGUCUGUUAAUAUCCGGAUAUGGAGGUUGAUCUGCUCUGAGGCGCUCUCAGACGUCCUCAAAAUUUAAGCCAUAUAAAAAGCUGGUCAUUGAUGAUAGCAAUAAUGAUCCUACUGUAUUUACAUAUGGCUUUCCAAAAUACUCAGCCACUACAAAAAAUCAUGUUAUUGAAGACCAUAAGAUUUUCAAACAAGCAGAUUUAAAGACUGCAGCAUCAGUAAUUACCAGCAGCCCUGAAGAGUUUAGUUGAAAUCAGUGAUUUCUAACGCGGCGACGUGUUAGGGGGAAGAGUUCAGAGAGAGGGGGCAGCUUUGGAAAAGGCUAUGUCACCCCAUCAUGGGGGCUUGGUCCUGGGUGCUGGAGAGAGCAGGUUGGUAUCAGAGACUGCAGACAAGGUCAAGCAAGUCAGUGAGGUCAGUACACGCCUGGUUGUUGUGAUCUUUGUAGGAAAGGACAACUCAUCAAACACCCAACAUCAUUUAGAUGUCUUUUUUCAGGCUAAAUUACAAUGGCCUUUCAUAGCCAUAAAAGACGUUGAAAAAUGGGCUUUAUUUAGACGGUCUGAAUCUAGACAUUGUUUAGACGUAUUGUAAAGAUGUCUCUUCAAUGUCUUUUCAACCACUUUUUGCUGGGUGGGAAUGAUCUUUCACUGGAUGCAUUGUUAAAGUGGGGGUCAGUGGAGGUUCUGGAGGACAGGGGUGAGAGUGUGUGAGCAGGUGAGCUGCAGGAUUUGGAUGCCCUAAGGUUUAUUGAACGCUCUGGAUGAUGGAUGACGUUGAAGGCUUUUAAAGCAGUUGAUUCUGGAUGUGAUAAAAGCAGGAAUCACAGUCUGGACAGCAGAGACAGAGAGUGAUGAAUCCAGACAAGCAGUAUUUCUGAGAUGGAAGAAGGCAGUUCUGAUUAUAUGAUUGACAUUACAUCUCUUGCUGUUAAAAAUGAUGUGGAGUUGAUGGGAAUAUAGUGGAGUUGUUGACGGUGAGGCAGAAGUUUUAUGUGGUGUUGAUGAAAGGUUUUGGAUGACAUGAUGGCUCCCCAAAAAGUGAAGCCAAAUGUUAAGGAACAUAAAUCCUGCUUUCUGAAAUCAAAAGCAAAACUGUUUUUGUCUAAUGAUUCAAAAUGGAUCUGAAACAAAUGACCAACCAGAAUGAUCAUGCACAUAAGUUUGUAAUUUUUUAAAAAUAAUGAAAUUCUUCAUGACUUUCUUUUAUUGAUUCUAGGCUACAUAUUUAUCUUUAUAUUCAUUUUAUAUUCAAUAAAUACAAAUUGCUGAACAGAAAUCACAGAGUCCUUUGCGGCAACAUUUCACAUGAGCCGAAUGUUUUUCUGUCCACAUUAAACACAUAAAGUGAAUACAGUUCAGUAAUUUAGUGACUCAUUAGUUCAUGUUAUGAGUCUGACGUGGUUUAUUAAAUGUAUAAAAGGAAAUAUAAUAAUGUGAUAUGGUCAUUAUAUGUUAAUCAAGGGAGCUGCUCUCUCACUCUCAGCAUCAACUAUGAAAAACAUGUUAUUAUUCAACCUUACACAAUGGACCUGCUCUGUUUAACACCUUGUCACUUUGAUUUUGAUAAAAUGAAAUUUUCCAGUCAGACAAAGUAUGAGCAUAAGCUUCAGAGUGAAAAUCUUUCCCACAUCACAUCUUUUGAGCUGAAUGACUCAUUGUACUCUUAAUUGACCCUUAACUGAAUCGUGUAUAUAUAUAAAUGGUUUAUGUAAUCAUAGCCAGCUCUUGGUGAUGGAGUUGGUGAUUUUUUUUGUUGUAUUUCAACAUUUUCUGUCUUCGUAAUAAUACAGAAAACAGAGAGGCUAAAAUGUUCCGAUUAUAAAAGUCAGUUUGACUGAAGCUGUCAGAAGAAAUAAACCUUCAUUUGAUUUUCUUCACCCACACGUGUCUGCUUUUCCCUCCACCACAGUGCACUUCUGUCUUUCUCAUGCUUCUUCUCUUGCUUUAUUUUAACCUCUGUCUUCAUCUUUGCUCCUUCUUAUUCUUUUCUUCAUUUCCCUACUCACUUCCCUGUCUCUCCGCUCUUCAUUACUUUCCUCCUUCUCAAUAUUUCAAAUUUUUUUCUCCUUUAUUCAUCCAGACUUCCUUUUUUUCUUCAGUUUUUCUCUUUUUCACUUUUUUCAUCUUCUCGACUCCUCAAGUUGACAUUUGCAACUCCUAUUCCAUUACUUUAGUCGCCCCUCUCCUCCAGUUUACCUCUCCUCUCGUUUCUCCACUCACCUCCCACACAACAAAGAAAGAGAUUUCACCUCGGCUCUUUCAUACAACUUCUCCCUCCUCCCCCUUUUUUGUUUGAUUUGUUACUUCUAGGCUUUUCUUCUUUCUCUUCUUCCAACAGUCUUAACAACGUGGAGUUACAGUAUACUUCCACUUCUCUCUGUCAUUCGUUCAUUUGUCUCAUCUUUACACGUCCAUCCUCCCCUGCCUUUUCUUUUUCUUUUCCUUCUUACAUGACAUCUCUCCUCUCCUCCCUCUUUUCUGUCCUCUUCUUCUACUUUUCCGUUUCCUUAAACCUCUCAGUUUCCAUGAGCUCCCCUCUUUCCUGCAGACAGAAGGUGCACCUGUUUGUUUUCCUUCUCAGUUUGUAAAUGCAAAGUACAAAAGGAAAAGAUAAAGAGUGAAAGAAAAACUAGAGAUAAAAGAGAAGAGAAAACAGUUCCCUCUUUCACUGUGGCAGUUUUCCAGCCUCAUUUGAAUCUAUUAGAGUUGGGUUUAGUGCGUAUAAACUGCCUGCAGUUGUUGCUAAUUUUCUGACGGAUAUGUCAGCUUAGAUUUAUAAUCCUUGCCUCCCCUUACGCUAAAAAAUGAUUAAACCAUGGGACAAAAACUACAGUGUGAAAAUGACAUCCUAAAUGAAGCAAUACAUCCCUCUGGUUGCAAACACAUAAUGCACCCUGAUGCAUGUGAGCAAAGCAGAGCUCUGCAAGCAGGAAAAACCCGGCUUUCUUUAUUAGUAUUACACACACUGAAAAUGUUAGCUUUUAGGAGAAGAGAUUUACCAGCCACACGGACUGAACAUCUCGAUAAACUUUGGCAAAUUUCCCUUUUAUCUGAGGAUGUAGUGGGUGAAAGCAUGCAUGAAUUUGCAUUUUUAUGCAGUUUCACUAAAAUUUGCACUAAUUUCGGAUGGAAACUAAACCAUUGGCAAACUUGUAACUGUCUCAUUUUGUACUGGUACCAUCUCUUCUCAUCCCUCCAUCAUUUAAAGCUCAUUUUAUCCAUCCUCACUAUUAUCUUACAAUCUAUUUUCCCCCUUCUCUCUUUGUUUUAACUUGUUACCUUGUCUUUUUUUUGUUGAAGAGACAGAUAACCUUGUGUUCUUGGCUCUUUUAUUUCUCUCUUGGGGUCCAUCCUUUCUUCUCUUUCUAUGCCCUUCUCUCUUUUUUUGUCUUUUCAGUCAUUUUUUAUUUCUUUUGCUGAUCUUACUUUUCAUUGUCAGCCCUUUUUUAAACUUUCUCCUCUAAUUGACUCUGCAAAAAACCUCUGCACCCUCGAUUUCAUCCAUCAUGUCCUUCUUCAAUUAACUCUCUGUGAUCCUCUCCUCCCUUUUUUUCCUCAAUUGUUUCCUCUCUCACCUCCUCUUCCUCUUAUUUUUCCAACUUGGUCCCUCCUCUGUUAGCCCACCUCCUCUCCACUCUUCAUUCUCAGUUUAGUGAGCAGUAAAAACAACGAUAAAAUAAUAAUAAAAACAACAACUGUCCCGUGAUUAUAAACCCAUCUCCAUCUGGAUCUCUCACACCCUCACACUGAGACACACACAGACACACACUGAGCUGAAUAGGAAGUCAAACAGAAGGCCAAUAAGACACGCUUGACUGGAGGCGACUCGGCGUAUUUGUGCGAGAGUAUGUGUGUGUGUGUGUUUGUGUGUGAGGGAGAUAGAUAGAGAGAGAUAAAAAGAGACCGCGCGCGUGAACAGGGAGAGUAUUCAUUCCUGUCAUUGUGUGAACCUUGUGUCCUCACAGCUAAAGGAAAGUGAGAUAAAUCCUUAAACAUUUUUGUCGAUACUCCAGGGAACGUUUUCCUCUAAAGGCACCUGGAGGUGUUGAAGCGGCGUCGCCUCCUGUUGUAGUAAAAUAAAAUGAGUAGAAAGCAGUAAUCAAGCUGGAACGACAGCAGUAACUCCUGAUGAGACCCCAGAAACUCCAAAUGAUGUUUAACUGAUAGACGUUUUACUACAUGUUGACUCAUUAAUAUCGUGUUUGUGUCAUAAGAUUCCUGGCUGUCACCUGCUCGGGAAGUUUUUUAAUUAAAGUUUUAAUGACGGACCUUUUGUUCAUUCCAACGUCAAUGUGUGUGUGCAUCCAUCUGAUGCAUGCAUGAUGAAGUUUAGGAAGCAGUGGUGCAGAAAUGAUGGGCAGAAAGGGACACAUCUGGUCAUAACAGCCUGGGGGAGACGCACACACGUACACACAAUCGUAUGAACGCCAACUGACACACUGAUGGUAAAUGACUUUAGCUUGACCAAAAUGUAGCAUUAAAUGUAAAACCCAGUCCAACAUUCUACAUGUUUAUAUGUCAUUUUUUCUGAUGCAACAGGACAUAACAUGAGAAAAGUAAGGGCAAAAUUGCAUUUCUGAGUAUUUCUGCAUAUCAGUGAGGUUCUCUGGCAGACCCAAUCGGCAGGUUCAGACACAGUGAGAUUUCUUAGGAAGCAAAUCCAAGCUCCGCCCCCGGAGCCCCGCUAUGCAGGCCAGACUCGGAAAAGUAGAGAGGAUGAUCACUGAACAAGCGUGUGCACUAGCAGAUUGAGAUGCUCGUAAGAAAGCUAAUUAUGAUAUUAACUUUCAUCAUGUCCCCAAAGAUAUUUGUGUCCGAGAGCUAAGUAGCUCCUAUGUUACCUGCGUCUUCUACCACAUCGGCAAUGUUAGACUGCAAGUUAACAUGAGGAGGAGUGUGCAGAGCAGCGACUCAGAGGCAAACUCCAUAAUCACAAUUAAAAGACCACUGAUAACACUGAUAACACACAAAAAAUAAUCGCAGUAGGAAUUUCUCAUAUUAAGGUGUUUCUGUGACAUACAAAAGCAAUUACGAUGCCUGACCAUACUAAUCAAGCAAGAAGGAAGGAAUAAGCACAGACCAAUUUUCCCACAGGUAGUCCAUGGUUGACACUACCCAAAGUUCCUCACAGGGGCUUUAAAUAAUGAAAACUAGGCCUGCUUUGGGGUGCUACUGGCCUUGUGGUUGACGUGCCCCAUAUAUUGAGGUUAUGCCUCGAGCAAUCAGCUCUGGUUCACUUCCAGCCUUUGGCACCUUUCCCACAUGUCAUUCUCUACUCUAUCACUUCUUUCCUACUCUGUCCACUGUCUUAUCCGUCCAAAUAGAAGUGAAAAAAAAAAGCCUGAAAAUAAAUGAAAUAUCUCUAAAAUAAGUUUAUAUGGCAAUUUGCUGAUGUAAUGGCAGCCUGUGAUAUGAUAAGUCAAGUGCAAAGGGCAGUCAAAACCGCCAAAGAGGAAAUGAGGAUGAGUCCCAUAGUUAAUUUUUGUAUUUUCUAUUUUUCUAUUCUUCUUUCUAUUCAACAUCCAGACUACAGCUAAUUUUGAUUUGUUUUUAAUAUGAGCUCCUAAAUCUGUUCUCUCCACUCAGUUGUUGUGAGCUAACCCCACUUCUAUUUGCAGACAUCAAAAAUACAAUUCCAACAACAAAAUACUUUGUUUUUUUUUCUCUUUCAUAUUGAGCCAUCAGUCAGACUACAUGUAGUUUAUAUCAGUGAUAUGGUCGCAAUUUACCACCUAUGUUAUAAGACAAACUCUGGCACAAGUCUUCUUUACAUUUUGUCAUUUUCUUAAAAUUCCUCAUCAAAGUUAAACUCCAUUGUUAGCUGGUGUUCAUUGAAAAUGGGUCUUAGCAGACAAAAAACACAAGCUGCUGAUACAAUUAUUCACUAACAUUGAUGAUUAAAAAUGUCCUUUUUUCUACUUUCACUUCAACAGCAGAACAAGUCAGACUACAGCAUGUUCAUUCCCUCAAUCUGUCCUCCUUCUGAUCUAUUACCUCUGUUAUCUCUGUUUAGCGGUUGUUAGCUAACAGUCUGUACAAGUCUUCCGAGCAAACCCUACAGCGUAAACAACAGAUGACUUAGAGAUGCCCUUGCUCCGGGGCACGUCGGCAGUGUCGGCCCUGCUGUUGAUACCUGAGAUCAAACCAGUAAUUCCCUCUCCUGCUCGGUGGCCUUUCUAGGAGGAAAGAAAGAUGGUGCGAUAUUUUGGCACUCAGGCUCUGCUCUAAUGACACAGCAGAGGAGCUGAUAGCAUUGAUCAGAGUGACCCCUCUUUCUAAAUCAAUAGAAAUGAUCCCAUCUAGAUAACGUUACACACGAUCAAUAACUCUCUGUCUGCGUGUGUGUAUCUGUGUGUAUGUCUGCUUGUGUUCCUCAUGACCUGACCCAUGUCUUAGUAAGGCUACCUGCAUGUGUUUGUGUGCCUUAAUAUAGUUUUGGGGGCACAUUUGUCUGUGUAUACGUGCAUGUGUAGAUUGUGUGUUUGUGUGGGAGUGGGGGGUUGAGGUGGGGCAGCUUAAGGUCAGACAAGGUGAGGCGUAAUGGGACUCUGACCAGAUCCAAUCUGGGACCACUUGUGGCAAAAUGAAUUGGCCUCAGACAUAGGAAGUCUACCCUUGAGUGUGUGUGUGUGUGUGUCGUCUCUCCUCUAGUGGGUGUGUAUAUGCGUGUAUAUGUGUGCUCCCAGCAGUCUGUGUGUGUUACUUGCAGUGUAUUUCUUUAUGUAUAAAGGCCAUGCUUUCUGUGGAAAACUAAUCUAAUUUUGACAGGUUCGCACAAACAAAAGGCCACAUUUAUUAAAAAAAGAUAAUCAUAAAAUGACAAGGCAACAUGUUGGCUUUGCACCACCAAGUGUGUACAAGAAAUCACGGGCUGAUCCGGUUGAAUGUUUCACACACCAGCCGCCACUUUGUGACCGACUGUGCUGAGUGUAAAAUGCCAUGUGAUUGGUUGUGUUGCGUUGUGGAAAAGCAUCUCCAUUUCCCCAUUGUCUGGUCCAAUGCCUCGCGGUUAACACUGCAGAUCAGAUGUCGUCUUCGGACGUCAGAUUGUUUCGGCUGCUUUUGUCCCUACCUUCACCGCAGGCUGUCGACUGAAUGGUUAGUGAUAUUUUUAGACUAGUAUCAGGAUCACCACAUUUAAAACCUGCGCUAAAUCUGGUGAAAACAGCAGAGCUUGUAUUUUGACAUCUAUGUUAUUACCACUCUUUAAACAUUGUUUGACUCUUAAGACAAAAGACAAAAGGAGUGCUACCUGGAUUUAACAAAGAGUUUGUCCGAGGUGCUCUUUGGAAUGGGAUUCACAAAGUCAUUGAAGCAAAAAGAGAAAAAACUCCGAGGCGCUCUCUUAAUAAUAUUAAAAUGCCUUUAUUUAAACGGCAUGGUCAUGUAGACAUUAGUAUCAAACUUUGAUGCAUUUCGGCAUUAAGCCUCCAUCAGUAAGUAAAGGAAACAGAUGCUAGGUUGUGGUAGGGCCUUUUUCUCCAAUAGGAGAUUACCUUAAAAAAUUGCUCUCUGCCGUUCUUUUAUUCAAGAUUGCUUUAAAAGGCCCUACCACAACCUAGCAGUUGUUUUCUUUACUUCCUGAUGAAGGUUCGAUGCCGAAAAAUGUUGAAGUUUGCUUUUGAGGUCUGCAUGACCCUUGUUUGACUCUUAUUCAGUACUUUAUUUGAAAGCUUUCAAGGGGCACAGCAUAACAAUUUCUCAAAAUCAAUCAAAGUGAAGAGUACAGAGGCUGGUUUAAAGAUCUCAAUAGAGAGAGGGGAGGCUAACUAAAAAAUCAAUUGUAACAAGAGGAACCACCUUUGGAUAUUUUUACAGGAUGGAUCAUUCAGAUGGUCUACAAAACUGAAAAAAGUGCCAACAGCCUGUGAGACUUGGCUGAUGAUUGGUGGACUCGAAAAGUGACACUUUUGGACAAAUAGUUGUCAUUACUUUCAGGCCCCAUUAAUGUAUCUCCAAGCAGAUGUAGCAGAGGUCCACUGUACAUCAGGGGAAAGAAAGAUAAGAGUGUUUAUGGUUUCGCAGAAGAAGGGGUGUGAAUGAGACAAAUGGUGGAAGUUGAGUUGUUGUGUAGCAUCCACCAGCUCUUGGUCUACGGCUAACUUAUGUUUUGCUUUGCAUCAUACAUAAAUAUAUAGCCUUAACACCCUUGGAACAACACUUGAGUAAUCUAAAUAAAGAGGCAGGGACAGAGAGAGUCAGCUAAAUUUAUCCCAGUUGUAACCCAAUUGUCCAGAUGGCUGGAGAGAGAAAAUAAGAAUUGAGAAUAAUAAUACAUUUUUAUGAAGUAUGUCCUUCUUAGUCCACCUUCCUGAGGACCAACAGAGCAUGGGGACAAACACAUUCAUGCAUUUAUUCACAGUUUUGAAUCAAUCUGUAUGUAUUUUGACUCUCUAAGCGCUCCAGUCUCCAAACAGUAAGGACUGCAGGUCUGAACCCAGCCCGGACCUUCUUGUCGAGAGGUGAAAAUUGUCAAGCACUUCUCCCCUGAAAUUCUCUCUCUCGAGUAUCAAUUUCUCUCCACAUGUGGGCCAGAAAAGUGCCUCUAAAAAUGUUGUAGUUCAGAGCAGUUAAGUGGAUUUCAAUGACAAUUCAAGAGCCACAGUGAAAAAAAAAAAAAGAGAAAUGUCUCACAACCACAGCUUCGAUAAAAUUGCCUCACAAUCGUUACCUGUGUGUUUGCCAAACUCGAGGAUUAUUAUAUUCCGGGGUAAAUUAUCCAAUACUAUAUGUCCAUAAAUGUUUAGACGGGUACUGUUAAGAAAUUGGUAAAAUCCAUUUGAUUUCAGACAUGCCGUCUAACCCUAUUACUAAAUAGUUGUUACCAACUUCCACAUUUUAAUGAUACACUACUUUCAGCACAUGAGGUGUGUGUAAAAUAUACUUAUUGAUGAUGAUGAUGAUGAUGUAGCAUUUCAAAAUGAUCAAAAAUAAUCUAGUACUGAAUGACAAUGAUAAGUUUUAUAGACUUAAAACAGUGAUAGAAGUAUAUUUACAUUGAAAAAAUGGGUUGAUCCUCAAUCAUUGUAGAGUUUGGACAUGAGCAAGUCUCUUUAUGUUUGUGUGUGCCUUUCAGAGGUAAAGAUGUGGAGAGAGACACUGCUCUGUGAGAGGCUGGGUGAGGAGGGGGGUUCAGCAACAUCUGAAAAAAUGUGUAAAAUUGGCAAGGAUUUGAGAAUUUCUUCAACCCUGAAACAAAAAGAAUCAGAUAAUCUCUAGAAAAUCUCUGUACAAAAGAUAGAAGGCCGAUGACUGAUCAUGGAAAGCCAUAACCGGUAGCACUGCAUUAACUGCAGUGUAAAUCAUUAUAUGGGCUCAAAAUCUCUUCCACAAACCCUUAUCGGUGAACUCAGUUUGCUGCUGCAUCCACACGUGCAGAGUAAAACUGAGCCAUGCGUCCAGAAAACCAUUUCAAAACAUGAUCCAGAAAUACUGGACACUUCUCUAAACCUGAGCCCAUCUAAAUUAACUGAAGAAAAGUGGAAAUUUACCUGUAGCCUGAAAAUUUGACAUUCUUUUUGAUGCCUCAUUCGCUGCUCUGAAGAAGAGAGGGACCGCCAGCUUGUAACCAGCACACAGUUCAAAAACCAGUAUUUGUGAUGGUAUGAGGAUUCAUGAGUGGCCUGAGCAGGGCGUUGAUAGCUUACCUUUCUGGAGCAACAUAUGCUGCUUUUCAGACAAUGCUUUUUUUCUUCAGGAAGACCUUGUUCAAUACAGAAGGAAGAUGAAUAGCGUGGCUUUGUAGUCAUAGAGUCUGGAUGAUAAACUGGCCUGCCUGUUGUCCUGACUUUUCACCUACUGAAAACAUUUGGGGCAUCAUGACUCAAAAAAACAAAAAAAUCAAACAUUAACUGAGUUUUGUCCCUGCUCUUUUGAAAUGUCUUGCUGGCAUCAAAUUUAAAUGAGCAUAUUUUUUCAUGAAACAAUCAACUACUUUGUUUUCAAGUUUUGAUUUGUUGUCUUUGCUGUAUUUUCGAUUAGAUAUAGACCAAAUGGAAACUAUCAAAUUAUCAAUUUCUUUUUUAUAUAAACGUUUUAUUUGCCGUCUAAACUAUCACAUCAUUGGUGUCGUACUUUAACUCUGUCUCUGUAUAAUAUGAUUCAAAUGAUCCAAGUUCUCUUUAAAUGUUUCCUGAUUGGAGAAAAAAAUGACAGCUUUUUACGUUCAGACCAGAAUUAGCUUAACAAACUUAUACUGCAAGUUUUAUUUAUUCAUUAUUUUCAUUUCACAUUAUUCAGUUUUAUCCGCUUAAGUACAAAAGCUGUUGUUAACAUAGUUUAAUAUUUGGGAGAUAGGCCCGUAGUAGACUGCUUCUUUUGGGCACUGAACCUUCCUUUGUGAAAUAGCUUGUGGUCAGCUCAGCCAAUUGCAUGCUUUUAAAGUAUUUUCUUCAGCCACCUUUAUCCCGGGCUCACCGCAGCAGCUAGAAUAUCACCUUUCUCAGAUUUUCCGUCACCGCUAUUUCCGGCUUCCCUCGGUUUACCUUAUUCCUCACUACACGCCUCCAUGCAGCGUAGAAUGUAAAUAAACCGACAACUGAGAUGCCACAGUCAGUACACUGAUACACACACACACACACACACACGGAUUUGUAUGCGGCGCCGAGUUCGAACGUGUUUCUAUUUCUGGCCGGUUCGACUUCUUUGUAAGUCUGCUGCGCCGCCUUUUUGAGCGUUUCUUGGUUGUAAAAUACAGAAUACAGAUACAUGUACUUCUCCACAAAGAUUUGUUCACUCUCUCCAUUACAAGGUGUGUGUCUGUGUGUUUCUGUGUGCAUUACACAGUGUGUGUAUGUGUGUGUGUGGAAAAAGAGAGACAGAGAUAACAUUGUUCCCCUAGAAAUCUAUCAGCGCCAACAGGAUUGCUUUUCCCCCCGCCUCGCUUUUUCUUGUGUUUCAUUCCUGUUUCCAUCUCCCCCGCCUCAUCUCUCUCUCUCUCUCGCUCUCUAUUCACUGUUUUCCCUUUUUCCUCCCCCCUGCUCUCUUUCCCUUUCUCUCCCUCCUCCUCCUCUCUUCCUAUUACUCUUUUUCUCAAGCUCUACGCCUAAAAAACCGAGCACCAGUUGCACUUUAUAACAUCUAGUUUAGCAGUUGCCCACCAAAAGAUGGAGACACACAGGGAGACAAAGGAUAGCUGGGCCAAUGCGUGCAUGUGUGUGUGUGUUUGUGUGUGCAUCGGCAUGUCUGUGAAAGCUAUCUUCUCUAAAUGAUACUCUGCCUCCUCUUACCCCUGACAGAGAAAGAGAUAGAUCUAAAGCUGGCAGAGAAAUGAGAGUAGAGAGGGAGAUGGAGAGGCAGGAGACAGAUGAGAAGAAGGGGGAGUGAAAAAGGAAAGACGGGAACGAGGGGGAAAGCGAGACGACGUGGGAAGAUGUAGCGUGGGGAAGAAAUGAGUGAUCACAGGCCAGAGAAUAAAAAGAGAUGUAUAGGGAUUAGGGUGAGAGGGGAAAAAUUAGUUAUGGCCGGUGCAGACGGUAGGGAUCGAGGUAGGGCGCAGCAAGGUUGUACUUUGCAUUUGUCAGAUCUACUGUUACAAUGUGUAAUGUAUAAUUUCCUUAUGUAGAGGGCAAUUACUGUACAUACAGAGUACUACAUACUACAGAAGAAGCAGCCUGGGAGGUUUGAUAUAUACGCAAAUAAAGGGGAUGAUGGUGUGUUGGUGAUAAAAACUGAUCUGAAACCUGCAGCACAAAGCAGUUAGAGCAAGACUUGGGCAAAUGGGCUGCAUUUAAAUAGCACUUUCAUCCAAAGCACUUUAUACUUUUGCCCAUCAUUCAUGCAAACUUACACAGCAAGAUACCAUUCGAGGAGCCGAGUGAACGCCACUCUAUUUGUUAAACUAUAACCAACACUCUGCUGGUCUCUAUAUAUAUAUAUACUUUCCUACUUUUUUUCCCCAGGCUGCUGAGGAUGCAAACCUUCAAAUUCCCUCCUCCGUGGAUAAAAUGUGGUUUGCUAAUUGUAACCUCUCGUGGUUGUUUGACCUUCACCGUGCAGAGUGAUGUAUGUGCAGAUAAAAGAAGGCUGAAGGGUCCUAAAUCUCACUUAGAGACUUGAGGUAGUGCACAAGUUUGGAAGACAAUUAGAGUCCAAUAAGCUGAGUUUUUCUCACCCUGACUUGGAAGUUUGGAUAAAUUCAGCCAUAGCAGACAUCAUUUCAAGGUUAGGUCUCUGCAAUUAAAUCAGUAUAAAUCUGCUACUUGGAAAGAAAGCUUGAUUAUGCUCAACAUAAUGUUCAGUCAUAACAAUUACUCAGUGAAGCUUUUUAUAUUGCAAAUGACACAAGCUCUCCAUCUUUCUUUGACAAAGACUACAGUUGAAAUGACUUACAUGAGCUCAAAUGUAGAGGGACCAUUUUUGCUUGCAAGUCUGCAGAGUCAUUUGGACUGCAAUCUGUUCUGUUAGAAUUUUCUCUAUUCUGCACAAUAGAUCACAUUUUUAUCACAUUUCACAGACACAUGAAGAAUUUUAAAACUCAGAAAAAAAAUAAUGUUAUCCUCUCAGAUGGAGGCCUGGAAACAUGACUUAUUUUUGUCUACAUGAUGAAAAGGACUCCGUUUGGUGUCAUAGAUUUGGUGUAACUCUGUUUUGGGCUCCACCAUAAACUGUUUAUUCAAAUGGAUGCCCAAAGUGUUUCCUUUAAAUGUGAAGCCAAAGAUUUAGAGUUCCCCUUACUGACUGGCUCCGGCUCCCUCAUGAUAAGAAGUGGGACUGGGGUCAAACAUUAAAUGAAAAAACAUGUCAGAUAAUUUUUUCUCAAACAUGUCAUUACAGAUAGGUCUUAUCAAGGUGGUUUAUGUCAAAGUGUUCAUUUUUUCUGGUUGUCCAGUCUAAAAUAAGUUUUAUUUUUUUUUUUUAUUCAGAAGAUGAAUUACUAGAGGAGAGGAAGAACAGAGUGAAAAAACAAAGCAAACACUAACACAAGAGUCACUGAAUUUUACCAUGCCAUAGGUGUCUGCUUCAAACCAAAAUAAGAAUCUGUUCUAUUGUGAGCUGUGCCACCUGAAUGAUGUCUGAUGUUUUGUUCGUCAGAUUAUGAGUGUUAUUGAACAACUUGGUGUGACAUCAGCCUGGACUAUUUUGAGUUGAUAGUCACAUUUUUAAAGAUUGAAGUUCUUAUUUUUCUUCAUAUAAAAAACCAAAACAAAUAAACAAACAACAACAACAACAAAAAAAACCUUGACAACAGAACUCUAUUGAUUCUAGUCCUCUUCAGCCUUGUUUGUCUGCAAUACUAACUAUACACUUCCAUUAUCCAGUCACUCGAACACCAGGGCUCUAAAUUUCACUAUUCCAGUGAUACAACAGAUUGUGCCAGCGCACAAUUUCAACCCCUUUGGUGCUGCCAAUGCAGGACUUCAUCUGUUGACAGAGUAUUUGAAGCACUAUUUCAUCCACUUAACAUUGUCAGAAUUGAAUAAAAAGAUUCAUGCCACUAGAUAUGGAUGUCUAAGAGUGGGCUACAUGUGUAAGGAAAAGUUUGUGUGUGCUGGGGUGCAAAGCUGCGUCUGUGUUUAUAACUGGGCAUGACGUGAGCAGAGUUUUUACAGUCCAAAAUGUGAUGUCAAAGUUAUACAGUCUGGGACAAAGAGAGGAGGACAUUUGGACAAUUUCAACUUUGCAAGUGGAUGGACAUGCAUGCACUUGCUAUGAAAAAAUUACCAUAAAAAAACAAAACAAAACAGUGACAUAGUGUAAAACAAUUGGCAUGAAAAGAGAAAAAGGGUGUUAUAUUUUAUUUUUCAUUAAUUCUUUAGUGGUCAGAUUUAAAGUUGUUGAGGAGAUUUGAAGCAGUGACAGUAAAAAUGAAAUAAUAAAAGAAUAUAUUUUUUAACACUUUCGCUUUAAGGACAAGGACAGAUGGAGCUUAAAAUUACAAGGUGCCAAGGGAUAUAUGACUAACUUUGUCCGAUCACAGUUGUUGGGCAGUGGUGUGUAUCACAUCAGAGGGUGUCGGCUAAACUGCCUGCCAUAGCCACAAACAAGGUUUAUAUGAUACAGAAAAGUGUCACAAUGCUAGAAUAAACUUUCUGAAGAACCAAAACAUCAGGUUAAAAUGAUCAAAAGACUUGGGGAUGAUUUUCUGUGGUUUCAGAUUCACAUUUAAAAAAGUCAACAACUUCUUCAAAAGUUUUUAAUUAGUUUCUUUACUUCCAACAGGUGUAUAAUCCAAACUGCCAUUUUACCUGAGCUUCACUUACGUAUUAUGUUGUAAAUUUUUAACUGCAUUAACUCAGCUCUGUAGUUCAUUAGUCGAAUAUGUGAUAAAAACCAGUCCAGGCUUUAAGUAAUUAUGUUGCAGGUACCUCCUGCUACAAGUUAGUAAACCUUUCUAAUUGCGGUAUUGGAUUGCUCAUGCCUUGCUGCAAACCAUUAACUAAAUGUCUGAGGGACCAGAUAUACGCUUUGAGGUAGUUAAUUAGAAUGGAGCAAUGCCAGCGGUUAAGACAUCCCAUAAUAUAGCUAUAAUGCCUGAGAGAUCUCGGCAGAGCAAACCCUCUCUGACUGGAGGAGAGAGCUCAGUCUAACAGCCAUAUUUUCUCACGUCCAAGAAGCUGGACGUUAGAUACUGAAAGCAGCGUAGCGAGGCGAGUGCGACGAUGAGCUUUUCACAGCUUCCUUCAUCAAUCCUUUCCAGUGGAUUUCUGUCAGUGCUUCGCAAUAUUUCAAAAUAAUAUCCCAUCUUAGCCGAAACCUCCCCACUCCAUCCUCCCUCCCUUCGGUCUGUUCAUUAUUUACCCACCUGCAUUUUCUCUCUUUCAUCCCCUUGUCUUCCUACAUCCCUCCUCCUAUCCGUUUCUCCUCUCUUCUCCUCCCUGGCCACUAAAUCUAUUCAUCUAGAUCUCCUUCUGUCUCUUUAUGUCUAUCUCCUCCUCCCAUUCCCUUUAGUAACCUCUUAGAAAUUCCUUAACGGCACUUCUCUUUUUUUUUUCAAGAGGAAAGGCAGAGAUUGAUGGAGUGAACAGCAAUAAAGAGACAGUAGAAGACAGAGUAAAAGUGUGAGUGUGUGUAUGUGUGUGUGUGUGUGUGUGUGUGUGUGUGUGUGGGGGGGGGGGGGGUAACAGAGGGAACGAGUGAAAAAGGAGAAGAAGUGAAAAAUCUCUGAGCCAUAAUCUUCACUCAGCCUGGAGAAGCUCUGCCAAGCUGACCACACACACACACACACACACACACACACACACACACACACACACACACACACACAUUGUGUGGGCUAAGUUUAAGACAGAGUGGAAAUCAAUGCAACCACUACCACUAUGCAUGAUAAUGAGAAACACUGUGCCUCCGUGUGUGUGUGUGUGUGUGUGUGUGUGUGUGUGUGUGUGUGUUUCAGGCAGUUUGACAGAAGAUAUGUGUAUAAAACCAGCAUCUGUUUGUGUGUGUGUGUGUGUGUGUGUGUGUGCGUGUGGAUGCAAGUGGAUAUCUGCAGCGUGUGUGUUUGUGGUCUAAUCCUAACUAAGCCUGUAGAUGUGUGUCUGACGCUGAUACAGUGUCAUAGGCUGAUUGGUGUAUCUGCUCUGAGAAUGUGUGUGUGUUUGUGUGUUUGUGUGUGUGUGUGUGUGUGUGUGUGUGUGUGUGUGUGUGUGUGUACUCUAUGUGUACUUGUCUAUAAAGUGUGUAUUUGUGGAGGUAAACUCAACCCCCUGAAUGCAAUGAGGAAGAGUUCAGGUUCAACAAAAAGUCACUUGAUUAAACGUGCAGGAAGGGGUUGAGGGUAGAGACUGAAACUAAGCUUCUUCCUAGUCACGCUUUUUUCGCUCAGUGCGGUCCAGGCGGACGCCAGCCCUGUCCACCCGGGGGGGAGGAGGGAGUGGGAGGCAGAGACGGAGAGGUGGGGAGGAGCAGCAUGGAGGUUAAAGACGGGGCCGUGUAACUACAAGCAGCACUAACCCGUCCAGAUCCGGCACUUGAAGCUACGAUCCAAAAUCGUUAUUCCUGGUCAUGCUGCAGGGUCCAAAGAAAUCCAUAACACUGUGGCUGAAUACUGACGGGUAGGACACUCCAUCAGCAGUCUCUCACUUACAUUGAAGAGAUAUAAGAUGGUACGGAUAAGAUGGCUUACUGACAAAGGAUGGGAAAUCUAAACUCUACUGGUUUGUGUGCCUGGAGAAAACUGCGUGUCUGCAAAACCUGCCCUACCAACCUUGACAAUUACCAAUCCAACCAACCUACCGCAAUAUCUAUGCCCAUUUAAGGCAGCGUGUUUUAUUGAAUGUUCACAAAAUAUUACAUGAAUUUCAAACAGAAGAGUCCUAGCAGUCAAAGAAAUAACAGGUAUAAUUGAGUUAUCAAACAUAUUAAAGGACCCGAGAGUGUUGAAGUGCAAAUUAUUUCAGUGACAUGUCAUCAGAGCAGCACCAUACUGUGAGACAAAUUAGGGUUUCUGACAGGAAGUAAGUCACUGAGGAAAUGUCUUGAUAAAACAAAGUGGUUCGUGACUCAGACAGUGGAUAUGUAGUCGUAUAGGAAGACGCUAUGCAGUAUGUUCCCACCCACAGAAAGUGAUGAUUAACUGUUACAUGAAAAAGAAGAAAUGUUUAUUCCUCAAAGUAAAUUAUGAAUCAAUGAUGAUCAUGAUGUGUUAAAAAAAUAUAUUAAAACAUCAUGAGUUUUGUAUUUCGCUCUUGUAACUGUUUUAUACAGAAACUGGACAUUAUUAUCAGAUUAAAGGCGCAUUCACACCAGGACUGUUUGGUUCAUUUUAAAAGGACGGUAUGAACAUGCAAGCGCAAACUCGUCCAGAUCAAACAUACUGACUACGGUCCUCUUGAAAAUACAGGACUCUGUCCUCUUCCAAACGAACCAUGGUCCGGGCGGGGCGGUUGUGAACACAGCGCUGAUGCAGACAUCUUUUUAUAUGUCAAUAUAAACCAAUAACACAUUUACACCAUAUAAAAAGCCUGGAAAUUAUACCUGACCGGAAGUUCCAUCAGACAGAGAACAGGCAGUUAAAACACCGGACUGUAUGUAAAACUGGACGAAUGUCAGAUGGUUAGUGUUCUUAUACAAUUGUCAGGUGAUAAAUAUCAAAUAACCAGGGUGUUCUUUUGUUCAACAAACACAUUGAAAAAUGUUUAAAGGCAUUCCUUUGCAUUAAUGACUGGAGUCUCCUUGCACAGCGUCUCCGCCACCUCUGAUGAGUUGUGUAAAGCACGACACCCAUUAUUCUCUCAGGUCGGAUACUUUCUGUGCGUUGUGGUACAAUGAAGAUUGUGCCCCAAAUUAGCAGGUGACAGACAUUGAUUUUCCCUUGUAAUUUUCCCUCUUUUUUUAACCAUGCAAAAUGCAACAAUGUAAACAUUUGGUCCCUGAUCUGGACCUUCUAAGCAGACAUUGGGUGGGAAAGGCCCCAUAAGACACAAAACCUAAACCACAGUUUUGUUAAUGUCAUACAUGUUUCCCAACCCAGCCAGUUAAAGAGACACAACUAUGACCUUAUCCACGUAACAGUUUUACACAUCAGUGAAAGUAACAUGUCCUCCCUCCUGAUCUGACACUAUUUUAAAAUACCAGAUGAGUAUUAGACUACCCUGAGUUAGAGGUUACACAAUGAACGCAGUCCAUUGUCACAUGGAAAAACUUGAUUGGGAAGCGAGCUGGAAGCAUGACAAAUGCAGCCAUGGCAACAAAAGUGAACGUAAUUCAUAAACUGAGAAAGCAGAAUGACAAGUGGGGAGAAAUGGUUCCUUCAGUGGAAGUAUCAGAAAGCUACGCGUGUCAUGUUCCUUGCACCAAAAUCACGUUUGACUGCAAGAGAUUUUAUGAGAUUUCCAGUUAUGAGAGCCGGGACUCCAGCAGGUGAAGAGUCCUCCUGUGUGUGGUGUGCUGUGUUGAACAUAUUGUUGUACACAAUAGGAACAAAACUAUCAAACCUGACAUUUUGUGGGCACGCAUGCGGUCUCUUUCUCUUCUGGUUUGUGCCAGGCUUAACACAAGUCCUGCCAACCAAAAGCUCAUGCGUGCCAAUCAGAUUUCAACGGGGGCCCAUGCCACCUCUCACCACCCUUCUGGAAACACCCCUGGUGCUGAGGGGGGCUGUGUUAUGAUUUGUGCCUCAGGCAUUAAGAUAUUUGAGUCAGUCUCAUUCAGCUGUGCAUAUGUGUGUAUCCCUUUGUCUGCACUGUACUCUACGUAUGUGUGUGUGUAAGUGUGUGUGUAUUGCUGAUGUAGUUGUGUGAGUGUUUGCUUUGCAUGAGUGUGUGGAUGUGGGGUGUGUGAGUGUGAUUUGUGAGAGUGUCUGUGUGUUAAUUGGAGGGCUGUUGUCUUGAAAGAUCAUCCAUUUGUCUCCAUCUGGCCCUCUGGCUGCAGAUACUUCCCUGCUACAUCUCACACACUCACACACAUUUACUCUCUAAUUUACUAGAAUGCACAUCAAUGCUACAUACACUAGGCACCGGCGUUCCCGACGCUCGCCAAGGUCCUCACCCGCCACAGUUGAAACAUUUUUGAAGUCAACAAUACUGACAACAUUUCAUCAAAGCCGCCGCUCAAAUGCAUUUUAAUCUGCAUCUUCAAUCAAAGUGGUCCUCUAUGAUUCCCAGGGUUGUUUAGUCUGCAGGAUAAAAGCCUUUAAUAUCGACUGUAAAGUGGAGGUGGAGGGCGUGCAGCAGACCCACCGGCUCAUUUCGAGGCUGCCUCGUCUCUCAUUUAUUCUAAAAAAAAUGAUGGUGGAGGUGAUGCCUCGGCUCUGCCUCCAUUAAAAUCCAUCCAAAUCUUCAUCCAGUGUGAGCAAUAAACUCUCAGUCUAACAUGAAAUAACUGCCAUAAUAGUGAAGGAUGAGCCCUGCAUUGAAGCCUCAGUGAUGAGGACUGCACUGCAGGCGGAGUGUGUGAGUGUGUGCCACUGAGGAUGUGAGUGAGAACAAUGUUUAUUCAUAGGAUCAGACUGUUUGGCCAGGAUGUUGGUCGUCUUCUCGAAACAACAUGGCAAACACUCCUGAAAUUGAUGCAAUAUUAAUGUCAAUAUGCCUGUCUGAUUUUCAUCUUCUUGUUUUAGACUUGGUGGGACUUCUUAAAGAGCCAGAUUCAUGGAAAUAUCUCUGUGCACUCCAAGUGAACUUGCGUGCAAGAGUGCAUCUCAAAAUGAAUCUCAAACACCUCUUGUAAAGACUUAACUCUCUCUGAGAUCACUUUUACAAGCCAGAGAUUAUGCUUUCCAGCCUGUGGAAACUGUUGAACGCGUCUAAAGCUGUAGUCUGAGAGCAUAAUGCCGGUAAUGUCAUCAGGAUUAUAUCAGCUCGGAUUCGGAAAGAAAACAUUGUUAACAGUGAGGGGAGUGGAGUAUGAAAGACAAAAAAGUGGGCAGUUCUCUGCAGGGAGGGUCUUACAAAAGACGCUAUCAAGUUGCAUCAUGAGAAAUGUUGAAUACGGCAGAUCAUUCGGCAGCUUGACCCACAGUGCAGACUUAAGGGCCCCUCACACACACACUCGCACACACAUAUUCAACACAAACGCUCAGAAGCUAGGACAAUCAGGAUAUACGGGUCUACAGAGAUUUUGACACCACUUUCUUGCUGCUUACAUACAGAGAUUUAACAGGAGAACGUAGAAAGGACUCCUUUCACCCCUCUGCAGUACGACAAGGGGCACGAGGAAAGCCUUCCAGCUGCACCACAAAACUCAUCAGUUCAGGAAGCUUUGGGUGCUUUUUCUGUAGCAGGGCAUCAGCAGGUCAAUUUUUAAAAGUGAACUUACUUUAGAUCCCCUGGAUCCAUUUCGAUAUCACUUAAAGUAAACCGCACUCCUUCAAUAUGCAAAUCUACAAAACUGUAGCAUUGCUUAUAACAGGGAGAGGGCAUAUAAACAGUUCUAAGGUAAGAUUAACAGUUAUAAGUUGAACACCAACAGUGCCGUCAAAAGGCAGGCAUGGGGGAGUUAGGGCCGCAUCGAACAAGAAUGAUAAUGAGAAGAAAUAGAGAAAGAUGCGCUACACAGUUCAGUUGACACAGCUUAUAUUAUUUGUUCUCAAAGAGGCACAUCAGCAGCUCAAUAAAGCUGUGCUGAAAUUACUGAGAGGCCUCUGUGUGGUGUGUCGUACUUUAAGCAGCUCUUUCUCUCUAAAAAUUGUGUUAUAUAUAUAUAUAUCAUUUUUUUGUGUGCAACCCCACUAUCGCUCCUUCUGACCCAUCUCCAGGAACGCCACUGUUGUCCACUUGAACUGGACUGAAUGGAAAUCAGGAGGAGGGAGGAAGCAGGCAGCAGGGAGUUUUUUUUGGGUGUGCUUACUCACCCACUUUUUAGUGAGUACAAUCAUAAAAGCUCCUUUAAGAACUUUCAUAAUAGGAAAAAAAAAGUCAGGAUUCUAAAAUACUUAUACAAUGGCUGAUAGUGUGGUGCAUUCAAUUAAAAACAUCAUUUCAUAAUUUCAUUAAUCGUUCUAAAUCAGGGUUGAGGUGUAUGGGCUGGCUCAUAUACAGCUUCCAAGCAUAUUUUACUCAAAUGGAUACAUAAUUCAUAUUGUCAGAGAUACCUAUUGUCCCCCUGCUGUUUAAUUCAAAUACCUGCUAUCAGCAAAAAUAAAGCAGCGGCUUCCAACCAGGGUGUCGUCGUAUAAAUAUCAAACUAAUUACACCUGAUCAAAAGAAGAGAAAACACAGUUUUAUCUCCUUCAAUCAUUUUUCCCACAACUUUUCUCUCAUAUUUAAUCUAUUCUAUUCCCCUCUUUAUCCUAUUAUACACAAACAUUUCAAUAACAAUUCAAAGACUAUUGAACAACUUAGUGCUCAAAGACAUAGUAGCAAAGAAUUAGAGGUCUAUUAUACGUGAGAAGAUUUUCCUAUUUUUUAUCUACUUGCAAAGGCGCACAUGCACAAGACAAAGGAAAAGGUAUGAUAUACAGCAAAGAAACUGUGCCUUUGCAAAAAUGAUGAAUGAGAGGGUUGAUAAGGGUGGGAAAAAAGGCCAUAAAAAUGAAGGAUGUUAAAUUCUUCAUAGAAGUUUCUCUUGUUUUUGUUAUUUCAGCAGGCUGAAUGUACUACCACCCAUGUCUUCUAUAAAGUGUAAUAAUAGUUCACACUGUGGACUACAAUUACUAUUAAAAAAUAUCUGGCAUUCAACACAACUUUGCAAUCUGGCUGGUAUCCGCCUCAUGUGGGAGCAAGCUGAGGCACAGCAACAACACAUACACAAAGGAGUCCAAACCAUAUGGUGUCACAAGGCUGAUACAAAUAUUUUCAGACCAAAGUCAACAGUAGCAGAUAUUAACACCAUUUUAAAACCAUUGCUGUAAUGAUUAUUUAUUCAUCUGAGAUGACUUAAGCCACUUCAAUGAAUCAUUUCCAUGUCAACAAAGAGAGAAAAAUGCCAAAUUCAAAACUUGAAAACAAAUCCUUUGACGCUUUAAAGCUCCUGGAAGGAGGUUUUUUUUGCUGUUUAUAAAGUGCUAGUGAUUCCUCUUUUUGACUGACAAAAAGAAACUACACCAUAAGCAAAAGAUAAACAAUGUCUGUAUCAUAAUUGUUGUGAGUGUAACUGCUGCGUUCAUGAAGAUGUCAGACAUAUUUGACAGAAUAGCAGCAAAAACUCUUUUUUUACUUGUAAUUGCUACAAAAACAGAGUGAAAUUUUGAAGCUUUUUUUAAAUUUAUUUUAGCUUUAUGCCUUUGUUUGAUAGGGCAGGAAAUGUGAGAAAAAAUUGGGAGUGAUGCUAUAAAAUCUGUUGAGACUGGGAGUUGAUCCUGUGACCACCACAUGGAGGGCUGUAGCCUCUGAACAUGCUUGUUUUAACAUCUGAACUAAACCAGCAUCCUGAGAUGAUUUUUGGGGCAGAAAACACAACAUGGACAUGUAAAGAAAAAAAAAAAAGGUUUAACAUUUUGUCCACAGGAGGCGCCAGAAUUGUAACAAACAGGAAGUUCCCCACAGAGGCCUAAAGAAGCUCAAAUGUCAAAGUCUGUAUUUGCUUGACUGAAUUGAUUGUCUUAGCUUUCUGCAAAGAGCAAAUGUGACCAUACAAGGUGAAGAGGGGGAAAACAGGGUGGGAGGGCACAUUGGUUGAGUUAAACAAAUAUGACUUCCAAACAAGAAAGCAGAGGUUCAUGUCCCCUGUAUGUACCAAAAGAUAUGAUUUAAUGUUGAAUGUAAAUCUAGAUAAGAAGUUUAAUUUAUCUACGAACUCUGACAACAUUAACCAAGUAUUUCAGAUUUUUACAAUGUGGAAAAUAAUCACCUGACUCUUAUAAUCAUGAUUAUGAUGGUGACAUGGUAAAGAUGCUCUAAAUUUCUCUUCUAUUUCUGCUUUAGACCAUAGGCUUUAUCGAACAUUGAUGGAGUAUUCUAUUGAUGCCAUCCAUUGAGCAUAGCCUGUAUAUACUAUGGACAACUUGGCUCCGCCAUCCGUCAUUAUACGAAUUUGAAGCCAAAUUUCUCUCAGUAUUUCUGGGAUCUUUACCAUUUCCUGAAACCACCAUUUGGUAGGAGAAUCAAUGUGAUGACACUCCACUCAAACAGCGUAUCCCCAGGGUGAGCUACACAAUCUGCAUACACCCAUAGGCUGUAUCAAGUGUCAAUCAUAGAAAACAUGAACCCCCUAAUAACUUUUAAAAACAGAGCUGCACAGAAAAAAGAGGACUUGAGCACAAACUAGUCUUGCAGUAACUACAUGUCAACAUCCCAAGCAGGAAGGAGAAAAUUUUAUAUUCUGUGUAAUUAAUUUCUAAAGUUUGUCCACAGCUCCAUAGGGAUUGAUGAAGGAGGCAGGAUAUAUGAUCUAUACUGCAGCUUGUCACCAGAGGGUGCUAUUCUCGGGGUGGCUUCACAUGGCAAGGAGGCAGACGGCGCCCAUUCUAUAUACAGUCUAUGGUUAUGAGACAGAGUUUUGAAGCCAAUUGCAGCAAUCACUAUGUUGGAAAUACUGACUCCAGCAAAAGGCCCUAAAAACGCAAAACUUAUGACCUUAAUAUCUUAGAAACUACUGACUGAAAACAAAUUAGCAGCAGUACAGUGUGUGUGGAUAGAGAAUUGAGCUAAUUAAACCAAAAUCAUUUUUUGAAGCAGCCAUUAAACAUGUUUUUUUUUUCUUUUUGCUUUUAAGUGGGGCUGUUUGAAUGGGUUAAAAAUGUGGCUUCAGCCUCAAAGAACUGCAGUUUCUAGCACUUCUGCACAGCAUCAUAUCUUAAGACUGGAGGGUGGCGCUUGGUUAAAACUCAAAACAUUUAUUCUCACUGAACUUUUCAUCCAGACAUUCAGAUGUAACCUAAAAGCGAACACUCGUGGUCUUUGAAUCAUCAUAAGAAUAAGAAUAACUUCAUUUUUAAAAAUCUUUUAUUAUUAUUUUUAUCAUCUCUAAAUGUGAAGCUAUCUAGUUGAGUUCUUUGUAUGCAUAAAGAAUUUGAAAUGUCAGUGAGUGUUCAGCUUUACCCCCCCCCAAAAAAAAAAAAAUAAAUGAAUAAAUGAAUAAAUAAAAUAAAUAAAUAAAAUAAAAAAGCCAUGUAUUUCUUUAACUUAUUGAUCAACUCAUGAAUUAUCACUGUUUUAAUAAAAGGGGUAUAGUUUGUAAUAGUUUCUUCAACUUUUAAACCUCUACAGAAAACCCUUUUCUUUUGAUACUCUUACAGCUUAGGCUGAUGUAAAAGUAUGACAAGAUAUGAUUGAGUUAAAAAAAAAGAAAAAAACAGCAAAAUAACAGAAGAAAACCGUGUUUUGGUGGUUCAAAAAUGAGUCACGUUUUAAUCUAUUCAUCUAAUUAUCUUAUACAUUACAUGAAUAUUUCAUUCCAGCACCCUUCCAUCCUCACAUAUUUAUCUUCCACGGAGGAAAAAAGUGAAGGCGGAGGAGAAGUGGGAGGAAAAGCCUGCGUAAUUAACCCACAAAGUACACUGUCGACUUCAAAAACCCUCUUUACUCCUUCCUUUAUCUUUCUCCUUUUCCCUCCUCCAUCCCUGUCUCCAUCUCUCUAUCUGCCUCUCUCGCCAUCUCUCUGAAGUCCAGUCGCCAUAUCAGACGAGCUAAUUAAAGCAGCACAUAAUGAGAGAGCAAGGGAGGAGGGGGAGGAGGAGGAGGAGGAGGAGGAAAGGGGAGGGUCAGAGAAGAAAGGAGUCAGGAUUUGGGGAUGUCACACUCCUAUCAAAGGAACUUGUUCUUCAGACACGCAACUCGUUUCCUUUCCCGCUGAACUCUCAACGAGAUUCCUCAUUCUUCUGCUUAUUUGCGAUUACAUUAUUUAAACUAACAGAAUUAUAAGAUGCAGUUUUCUGAUGAAGAGAAGCAGCUGAUGUCUGUGGGGUGUUAAUUAAGGCCAGUUUCAAAAGUUAAAGAAAUGUAACGUGCAGCCUAAGGACCUCCCUAGAGAUGAGGGAGUCGAUGUUUCAAACACACGAAUCGGCUCAUUUUCAAUUAGCUGAGAGAGAGAAAGGUACCUGGAAGAGAGGAAAGAGCACCUUUGUGUAUUUUUCUGCGGUAUAUUUGAGAUUCAUUAAGAAUGGUUUGGUUUAAUAGAGAUGUGAGGGUGAUUCCUGUCUGGGAUCUACCUGGAAAUGUGCUGAAUGUUCGAUGAAGAUGUUAGCAGACCUCCUGCUGCUGAGAGUCAGACCCUGACUCUGUAGACAGAUGAGAAGAUAAGGUGUGAACAUGGGCAAAUCAGGGACCCAGACAUGUUUGAGGCUCCCCAACCAGUCCUCUUCAAGGGGCAGACACUGUGGCAGAAACAAACACACCUGCUUUUGUUUGUAUUUAGGCUGUUUGGAGUCUUUCCUUUAUAUUUUUAAGUAGUUUUGCAUCAGUCUAAAGCCAUCUAGCUUCUGUUUGUGGUUGCUUCCUGUUUGUUUGCACCUAGUUUGCAUCUCUUUCAAUCAUUUUGUGAUGAUGUGUGUGAUUUCAGUUUGCCUUGGUUUCAAUUUAGCAUCUUUUGGUGCUCAUUUUGCAUCCCUCGAGUGUUGUACUCCUUGUUUAUUUUACUUUUUUGUCUUUUUGAAUGUCUCUUAAUCCAUUUUGCAUCUCAAUGCAGUUUUAUUGUAUCUUCUUGUAUUGGAUUUGUACCGCUCUUAAGUAUUUUAACGUCUCUGUGCUUGAUUUACAUCCCUUUGUGGUUCUGUUGUGUCUCUUUGCUUGCUUAGCUUUCUUGUCCCUCUCCGUUCGAGGAGUGUCUCCUUCGCUAACAUGUUAGAUACUGGCCUGUUCAGGAAUCCCCCCCAAUUGUAAGCUACACAACAUUCUUUGUGGUCUCAGUUCUGGUGCAGUAAAAAAGCCUUGAAGAGAUUUUUGGCUCAGUUGUGUCUCCACUGCGUGGCCGAUGAUGAAAUGACUUGAAAGAUGAGAGACGGACAAAGAAAGACAGAGAUAUGGGGAGGCCCAGAAGGAGACAGAAGGAGAAGGAGACAAAGAUAGGGGACACAGAGGGAGCUGCAGAGACAAUAAGGAGGAUGUUAUCCCUGCAUCAUUACUUCAACACCCAUUCUCCCUCUACAGUCUCAUUUUCUCUUUUUUAUUAUUCGCGCUCCCUCUCAUCUUUUCUUUCUAUUAUUCAUCCUCUCUCGUCCUGUCUCUGUCAUUAGUUUUUAUCUCUCUGUCUCUCUAGCUUUCUGUUGUUCAGACACUCAGACAAAUGAGGCAUGAAAUAUUCCCCAUCAAGUCACAGGGAGACUUUCAGUGAGAGUGUGUGUCUGUGGGUGUGGGUGGCAGGCUGUGCACACGCAUGUAUGUAUAUGUGUAUUUCUCUGUGUGCCUGUGUGUGUGUGUUGGUUUUGACUUUGAAGUCUGUCGGGUCUACCAGCCACUCUGGAAGGUAGCCCACCUGAGUUCGAUCAGACGUUUGUGAUCCAAAAAAUAAUUUGGCAGGAAAAAAAGUCAAAUUGGCUGCAGGAAGUUGUGAAUUCACUGGCUGCUGCACAGCUGACCAGCAAAGAAGAAAGAAAGAAAGGAUGUUUCCUGAAGAUCUCAGCCAGACAUCUCGCAAAAUCUCAAAUUAAUGCACAAAGCUGAAAGAGGCUCUAAUAUCUGUGACAAUUUGACGGGAAAUAUGCGAUAAGUACAAUUUUAAACACGGUCGUCAUGAGAGUUGCUUUAUUGGAUUCUUUGACUGGAGUUUUACAAAGACCUACACUUUUCUCUCUUUUCUUUUCUUUUCCCCACACACUGUAUUUUUUUUUUGUUUUUUACAGAUUGCUGAAUAAUUUCAAUACCUGUUAAUUUUUCCACUUAUUUAAUUGCACUGGUUUCAAUUUGAAGUCAGGAUUUCCAUUUGAUAUUCAAAUUUGCUCUCAGCUGUCACACAGUUUAGAGUUUGAUGCUCGCUGACCUGCAAAUCUCCCUGUUAAUGUUGGCUGUAAUAAUAAUUAUGUCCAUUUAUACAGUUUCUGGUUUAACCAAGGACUUGUGGGUGCAGUGGCGAUUUCCUAGUUCCUGUUAGAGGUCAAUUAAAGCUCUAAAUGACUCAAAUCCCAUCAAGACAAUUCGGUUAGCUCACAGUUAUUAGCUAAACACAAAGCUGAAACAGGAAAGCUGUCUAUAAAAUGUACAAACAGCUAAAGAAACGCAUCCUAACUGUUUCUGUCAUGGAGCAGAAAAUACAAGACAAGGCAAAUAUAGAUGUUCAAAAAGUAUUAGCGUUUUUUUUAGUUAAAGUUUAUCAUGUAGGAAACAUAAAAUGUUCCGUGCUUUGGUUGAAAUUAGGUAAGAUUGAGUCUAAGUGUGUUUGCAGAAGAGCAUCACUCCAAACGUUUGUCAUCCUCGCCCUCUUUACACAACGCACAUCUUGUAAAAUAUGCAUAAAAUCCUGCAUUACUGAUACCAAGCCAGAGGCACUGCCACAUGUUUGAUCUCUCACGUCUUUGGGCUCCAGCCCACAUUCGCACACACAACUUCUUCCCUUGUGUUUGAGACUCUGCAUUCAGAGUGGCUCUGAAGAAGUUGUCCUCCUUUAAAGUGUGCUGCUGGAAAGUCAAGAGCAAACCCCUCUUAUAACAGACGGAGAGAGGGAGAAAGAGAGAGAGAGGGAGAGAGACAGAAAGAGAGAGAGAGAGAGAGAGAGAGAGAGAGAGAGAGAGAGAGAGAGAGAUAUUGAUUCAUUCUUUGUCCUCGACAUGCUGCUUUUCACAUACUACCAUGUGACGCUGCAUUAAACCAACCAUCCAGUUGACAUUACAUUUAUAAAAAUGUACAAAUGCAAAUGUCUCUGCCACGACAAGUAUCAUCCUCGUCUUUUGAAACUGAAGGGAUCUUUUUUCCCAAAGUGUGGGCAUAAGAUAAAUGAAACCUCCCCUUGCAAUGGUAAAUAUUUAACACACUGUAUAUUUACAGAGCUUUUACACUACAUGUCACUAUCACCUAUUUAUCCAUUUCGCAAGGAUGCUACACAAAAAGCCCAUCAGUCUUCCAAAAUCCUACUUAUACACUGGAGGGUGGAAUAUUUUGGUGUUCAAAUGGCCAAUUUUAAGACUGAGUGAGAAUUGACCAACUCUACUACUGAGCCAACACUGUAGCAAAACAAUUCAAGUAAAUAGUAUCCAGACUUUUUAAAGAUGGAUAUCUGUGAAGGCAAAUCUGUUUUCUCACCAUAUUUAGAGAAUUUAGAAUAAUAAUAAGAAUAAUGCAUCAGAUUUUUUAUAGCACUUUAUCAGAGACCCUCAAAACGCUUUACAUUGGAUACAUCAUUCAUUUGCUCACACAGUCACACCCUGAUGGUCUGGUCAUAAACUACCUUAGUAGUCACAGCUGCCCUGGGGCAGACUGAUGGAAACAUGGCUGCCAGUUUGCGCCUACUGCCCCUCCGACCACCCCCACAAACACUCACAAUUGUACACCAGUGGAGGACACACACUGGGAGCAAGGUGGGUUAACUGUCUUACCCAAGGACACAAUGGACAGACUCGGGAUAGAGGGGAAUCAAACCGUCAACCUUCUAGUUAUUGGACGACCGCUCUACCUCCUGCUGCCCCAAUUUAGCCUCAUUGCUAAAACACUCUAUGUUCCUUAGUACGAAUUUAAUCAGUAUACAAUCAAAAGAGAGCGAGGAAUCGCUGUUAAAACUGCACAAAAAAAAAAGAUCAAUUAACCAUAUAAUUGGGUUCCCAUUAUCACAAGGUCUACAUUAUUCAGUUAAAUCUGCAUCACAGUAAAUCAUAGGAAACUAUUGAGUCAGUGUGGGUUUAAAUAAACCUGAAAACUAUCCUGUCUGCACUGCUCAAGAAAAAGCAGUCAAAUUUUAACAAUUCUCACCAAAAAAAGGUUAAUUUUUUUUUGGACAUGCCCUCUUUUUUAUUGCUAAGUUUGAUUCAAAGAUCCAACUGUGUCUACUCUGUUAUUGUCCAUGUUUGGUGCUUUUAUAAAUGAGGGUUCUUCCUCAGUGCGCUUUCCCAGGUUCUGAAUAAAUAAAUUAUGAGUAUGAUUAGUGUUAACCUUAUUGUCAAAAAGCAUACUCAACCAAAUGUGAUCCAGUUUUCACCUUAAUACUCAGAUACCUCGCAAAUCAUCUUGUAACUGUUCACAGGGUUGUGACAUCUUACAUAAACACAUAUAAGUCUGUCAUAACAUGCCCGAAAAAUAAUCUUGCUGCUUUUAAAGGAAGUUGCUUUGGAGAAAACUCCCGCCACCAGCAGCCUCACACAUUCUUAGAGUGCAAGUGUAAGCAACAAAAAUCCUCCAAAAACACUCAGGGUCCGGAGAAACCUCAGUGCAGCAGGGUGGGCAGCUGGUGCUCAGACACAUCCAGCCUCCUCAGCCUUUGUUGUCCGGGCUUGAGCUGCUGCAGCCAGAGCCUCAGCCUUGCUUUGUGUCAGUCCCUCGAGCGCACAUCUCUGCCUCUACCAGCACGCUCCGACUCUGACAACAUUUUAUUAAAUGUGAAGUGAUGCAGGAGGUCCCCUGCGCACACACUGGAAAGUUGUUUUGGUGAGCUAAAAUGAUGCAACUCCUACAGCUGAGAGAGCAGGAGUGCGCUCCCCAGAGGCAGAGAGUUGAAAAGCAGCCAAACUUUCCCAUGUAGCAUUUUUAUAAUUAGCCAAUGCGAGAACACAUCAGUGGAUGGAGAGUAAUGGAAAUAAAUGAGCUUCUCUCUAUUGAUAAGCAGGGCAUUGUUAACAAAGUAGAUCUGUUGCUGUAUUUUCAGAUGAACAGCUUCAUUUGAUCUCAGUGAACAAUUAUAUUUAGAUAGCCAUAUGAAAACAGAUAGCCUUAUAUGAAAAUUUUCACGCUUUCAGCGAACCUUGGUGACAUAACAUGUGUUAUACCUCAAUUAACAAACUUGUGGAUGAAAAGUCAAGACACGCUGGCAGUGCUGCUGAGUCUCUGAUCAUUGUAACCUUACAGGAGAAGCAAAGAUCUUCAGCUCUGCAAUGCAGACUCUGGGUUUUGGGUGAACUUUUAUUUGUCUGUUGGAGAAACACUUUUGCAGUCAAGUUACUCAGUGUUAAUUCGAAGUUUCAGCCCAUUUCAUUUUUAAUGUUAAUCUAGACAAACUGGUGCUGUCCUUCAGCUUUAAGUAUCAGCAAUUUUCCAUUUUUAAAAUCUAUAAAAGUAUGAGAAAUAUUAUAAGAAAGUUGUCUGAAUCCUUUUAUAGCAGUUGGCAAUUUUUCCUUUCCUUCUUGGCAAGGGUGGCAGCUCAGAGCCAAUAAAGCUGCCUUUUUAAAUAAGCAUCUUUUCCAGUGUGAGUUCUCUAACGUUGCAUCUCAUUUCUUGCAUUAAAUUAAUUAGGCAGAUACUUUAAAAGCAACAUCCAACUGAAAGGGAUUGAGACACAUUUAAUGUCAAAAAUAUGAUCUGCGUCGUUUUGAAACCAUCAACCAGGAUUUGACUGCUGCGGCAUCCCGCUGUUACUGAACGCACAAAUUACUAACAACCUACAAUCGACUGGAUCUUUGACGGGUCAGCUAAAACAUUCAAAUGUUUUUAAGAUACAUACUCAACUGCAGACAAACAUUUUGGGCCAUCUUCAAACAUAACCCUUUUUGACACAAUAUGUCUAGGUUGUUAGAUGGCUGUUUAAUGUCUCUGCUGCUUUGAUAACUGUUUUCAUGGGGAAAAAAAGCAUCAAAAGUUUGCCACAGUUGUUGGCUACCACGUCCCAAGUCUGUGCUUCUUUGUACCUAAACAUCUUGGGCUCUAUUUUCGUGUCCGCCAGGGAUGCGGCAGAGGGUGGCAGACCCUGCAGUGGUAUUUUCGUCUGGCGGAGCCUGGCGUACAGCCAGUUUGGUAUUUUCAGGGACUGAGGCGCACAGAGGUCUGCCAAGCUGGGUGUGGAUGCGCGGCAGGGGGAGGUGUUGACAGAAUAAGCUGGCGCAGUGACAUUUUCGUGCUCGCCGGUGGCGUAUAAAGUGCACUGAAAGCUCGCCGAUUCAAAUCUGGUCAGCUUUCAGCGCAGGCAGAGCGCAGCUGGUCUAGUGGUAUUUCGAUAGACUGGCGGCGUAUCCGCAUACGUCACCGAUGUCUCACCGGCAGGUUUCCACAGUGUCAGGCACAUUUCAGUGCAAUAAAUAAUCAUCGACAACUAAUAAUCUGAGUCAGCACAUACAUUUAGAUCUAUAUAGAUAUAUUCUGAUCUAUAUCUGAUAUGAUGAGCGCAUUUGGCAUGCGUUUGGACACUCAACCUGAUCGAAUCAACACAGCUGAAAUCACAUAAAAUUAAAUAUCUAGUAAGUAAACACACAUGAUGAAGUUAACAAGAUAUGUAAUUUGUCUCCCUCCUUUUCUUUCUUCCUCUUCCUCUUAUUUCUCGAGCAGCUCGACCUGGACAUGUUGAUGACAUGAUGAUUUGUUUCAGUGAUCAGAUGAGUUAUUUACUUUAAGCCUACAUACGAAUAUUAUAAUAUUCAGUUUUGUGGGCCAAAUUUAUUUUGUAUGCCAACAUCUAUGAAAGAGGGGGCCACAGAGCGCGAUGCGUCAUUUACGCACAGAUGGUUCCGAUUUUAAUGCCAUUAUUGGAAUUUAUGUUGUGAUCUCUGCGCACAACACAACUUUGUCACGUGAGGUUUGAAUAUAUGCAACUUUAUGUGAGUGUCUUUAUUUGUGGAAAAGGGUGUUUGUCUUACCAGUGGGUCCAACAUUACACACACCAAAUCCAUCUGUGCUUAUAUGAGAGAGUGUGGAGGACGCCCUCUGCAGCGCUUACAGAGACACUUGUUGAGGGGCUGCCUUUUGUCGCCAUCGUGUGACAUUGCUGUCUUAAGACAUCUCUUGAUCUCUUUGACUACUUCACGAAAAUAGUGAUACGCCUCGCCGGUGGCGGAUUUAAAGGCGAGGAGAGGAGCUGAUGUUAUUGGUCAAUACAGGUCUUGGCUGUGUUAAACCCACUCCACGCCCUCUCUCCUCCCUCUCUAUGACUUACGCCGCUGGGAGGAGCUGAGUUAGGGAGGGGGGAUACUUACACCAGGCUGCGCCACUCACCAAAAUACCAAAUUGUGCUUGGGAACACCUUGUCGGCACGGCAGACCUGACUUACGCCGCGCAUGCGCCGCGUCACCGAUGAGGCAUGAAAACAGAGCCCAAUAUCUUCCUGCAGUAGUGAGUGACAGCUGACUUCAGUCAUGGAGGGUACGAUCACUUUUGACAAUAACUUACUCAAAUAUAUUUUGGGGGAAAAACCUGAUCUUUUGGGGGGAGGGUGUCGAUAAGGUGUUUUCUUAUUAUCUUUUAACCCCCCCUUCAGUUUCUAUGAGUGAUCAUUUCCAGUGUACAGUCAGCCUUUAGAGAAGCAACUGUCUCACUGUUUACAGCCAACAUUCAAUCACAGCACAUUUACAUAACUAACUAACAAACCAACAAAGAGAACAUACACAGUCUUGAUCAUUGCCUUCGAAAUAUAUCUGCUGAUGGUACAACCAACUUAAAGUGGGAAGUUAUGCCAUCACCAUCUUGGCUGGGAGUGGCUAUACUUUCACAAGACAAUGGUGCUGCCUGUCUAUUUCUCUGGUCUGACUGCUAGGUCCCCUUGGUAACCAAUUACUGCUUCGUCAGCUUUAUCUUAGUGCAUAGAACAUUGUUGCUUAAUGUAUGCUGGACUGUUACAAUGGAAAAGGCUUGAAAUUUGUAAUUGAGAAAUGAAGAAAAGGUCUGCAGGUGCAAUAAAAUUUCUGUCAGUUAUAUAGUAACUUAAGGUUUAGGGUUUAGAACCUUAGUCAACCAACAGAAUAGGUCCAGAAUAUUAAAGAGGCCUUCAUUUAAGAUUAAUGAACUCUAUACACUCUUUUACCCCUGAUGUAGCCUGGGACAACCUGCCUAUUCUAUUCUGUUCUAUUUUAUAUCGUACCACACUACACUACACUACACUACACUAUACUAUACAAUUCUAUACAACACUAUUCUAUACUAUAGUAUAAUAUACUAUACUCUACUCUACUCUACUAUACUAUACUAUACUAUACAAUAUUAUACUAUACUAUAGUAUAGUAUACUAUGAAAUUCUAUUCCAUACUAUACUCUACUCUACUAUACUAUAAUAUACUCUACUCUACUCUACUAUACUAUACUAUUCUAUGCAAUUCUAUUCUAUACAAUGCAAUUCUAUUCUAUACUAUACAAUUUAUUCUGUUCUAUAGUAUACUAUACUACUCUAUAGUAUACUGUUCUAGUAUAUUUAUACUGUACUAUUCUACACUAUACUUAUCUAUUCUAUAGUAUACUAUCUAUUCUCUGCGAUAGUAUACUGUAAUACAAUAUAGAAUUUCCUUUUAGGGUUGAGUUACAGUUUGGCAGUGGCAGUAAGGUCAACUACAUUUUUCCUUUCAAUUAGAAAAGGCACUUAUUUUGAUUGUACUGUGGGUAUUGGUCUCUUGACACACAUAUGUAAUCACACACACACACACACACACACACACACACACACAGACACACACACACACACACACACACACACACACACACACACACACACACACACACACACACACACCAAAAAAACAAAAACAAAACAUGCACACAGCUUAUUCAUGUGAUCCUGCUGCACAUACACAUACUCGAACACAUUUUCACAGACACACAUACAUUCACACAAACUCAUUUCAUUUAACUUCAUUCCCCCUUUUAAUUCUAAACCUUAUUGUCCCAGAGGGAUUAAUUUUUUGUUUGUUUCCUGGCAGGAUUUAUGAUGAAAAACAUACUAUAAUAAAAACAAUUAAAUAAAACAAUAAAACACACACUCAGAAAAUUAAACAGCAUGGAAUAUAAAAACAAAGCGCAAAAGCUGUAGAGCCAAUAGCUCCGUAUAGUCCAAUAAAAAGUUGAUUAUCAGUGGAAAAUAUGACGUUCCUGGGUAGAUAAAAAGCUCCAUCAUUUUGUCUGCAAAUUAAACAGUUACAAUGCAGAGGGGAUAGAGUAGUCCCAUAUUAUUUUAAUCUUGGAUUUUGGCACUGAGAUGACACCCAGAGGGCUCACAGCAACCUCAGAGGGGUUGACCUGGGCAGUCAGCUUUCCUCGCCAUAUGCUUCCCAAAGGUUGAGUCAAUUUUUUCCUCAGUAAUCUUCCCGGCUACUUUCCCCUCCUCACUAAUCUUAUUUUAUUGCUAAAGGCUGCUGAGCCAUGCUGCAAUUCAGAAAUGCUCAAAAAUAUGCAAUGAAACUCAAAUCAAACAACAUUCUCAGACUUUACCCAGCAGCGUCAAGGGAACAAACUAUGCCGUGUCCUCCCAUGGAUCAAAUCACUGACUGUGUUUUUUAAACACAUGAUUAUCAGUCAAUAACAGAUAUUUGUAGAUGUCUACCAAUCCAAUCUUCUUGUCUUUUAUCACAGCAGGUUUCAGAAAAGGUUGUGACAUCGACUUUAGUUUUGAAAGCAACCCUGUCAUCAAUCUGCCACGCCAUGCUGCAUCAAAGUGAUCAACAGACAGCCAAUGUCUGUUUUCUCUCUUUUGCAAAACACAAAAAAAUGACCUCAUGUGACCCCUGCACUUGAUAAAAAAAGCAUCUCUCUGUGUACUGACUGUGGUGAGUCAUUAGUGUUAAGAAAGUACAAGCUUGGAGAAAGAACAUAACCCUAGGGGAGACAGAGGAAAGGAGAUCUGUCAGUAAGAGAAGUCAUUUACAGGAGCUGCUCGGUGAGCGUGAGAGGCCGGAAAAAUAAGCUGCAGAGCAGCUUCACUUCACAAGUCCUCGCACUUCAGACUUAUCAAGCCAGUUAUACGACAUUGAAAAUCAAAUUAGUUACAGCCGACAGCUUUGUUUCAGCCAAAGUAAUACAUUUCAAGAUAUUGAGUUGAGCCUGACGCUUUAAAAAGUAGAUUAUUUGAUGCUUCCCCCUAAAGCUUUUAUCAUGUUUUUCUCCUUGUGUCUCAAGUAAAAAUAUAAAACACAAAGUUCAAAAUGAGGUGCAGACUUGUGCUAAUUGGGUGUUAACACCCGGCUCUGCAGCUCUAAGCACAUUUUAGCCUCUUUUAGAUCGCUGUCAUGUUCUUUCAGCCAAACAAGGGCUGCAGUUUCCACCAACAAAAUCAGACAAAGUGUGCACUGAGCUGCCUGCAUCAAACCACCGGGAUGUGAAGUAAACAAGAGGAGAGUGGUCUGAAAGCUUGAAAAGACUGAAGAGACAGACAUUUUCUCAGGGGCUGGUGAAGACGAAGUGAAUGUUGACAUUUGAUUAGAUCAGUCAGAAACUUCAGCAAUGUUGCUGUGCCCAAUAGAUGUGUAAACAGGUAACUUCUCUCUAGUGCCUCAAAGUCUAAAGCUGCUUGAGCCUGUGGUAUGCAAUGUUGAAAGUCCAACAGCUAUUUUAAUGCCAAGUCGAUGUAUUUCAGUGUAAAAAUGUUCUCUUAUUUAAGCACUACUGGGAGAGGCUAUUGCAGUUUGGUUUCUGUUAGUAGGCCUUCAGAAAAUUUGCAGAAAUACUGAUAAAAUGAACACAGAGUACAGGCAUUGCAUUCAAAUUCAAAUUCAACUUUAUUCAUAUGGCACUUUCCGUACAAGAAUGUACUGUUCAUGACAAGUGUAGCGCAUAAAUGAACGUUUUAGCACCAAAAUAGCUUGAGUAUGAUUUAUUUGAAUCUAUAAGGGUGGUGGGACGUGAAAGAUCUGAAGGAUAUUCUUUCCAUCUGAUUUUUCAAGCUUUUCGUUUUUUGUUUUUUUCUUAAUUUGCAUGUGCGAUUUAGCAUCUGGAAUGUACGUUUUAAACAUAUCUCAUAUGUGCGUUUUAUUUGUAUUUUGCGCAUCAGUUUUGUAAAUAAUAUUCUGCGCUCCUCAUUUGUGCGAAAAGAAGGACAGUGUCAUGGACAGAGAGCAUAUUAUCAACAUUUUCUUUUAUUUAGGUGUGACUCAUAAAGAGAUACUUUAUAGCUUAGCCACAUUUGGUAUUGUUUUGAGUAGAAGACACCUCAUCACGAGCCUUGGAGUUGACGAUAUUCAGACUUGCAGAAAGUGAUUUUGUUUAUUAACAAACAGUUAAAUUGCGAAUUGAAAAAAAAAGUUCCUGUCACCUUCUGGGCUCUGUAGAUAACAGCUAUAGAGCUGAUUACCUGAAACAUGUUAGCAUGUAAAAACAGCUAGGGAUGUUUCAAAUAUAACGAGUAUAUCAUCAAGUAGGAGUGACUGUAAAAGUCAGUAAACUUACUGAGCAGACAGCACACAGUCAUUAACAACUGAAACAUAUUUCAAGUUCCACUAACUAUAGCUGAUAAAAUGCAGCAAUUGCACAAAUGAUGCUAUAUUCAACUUGCUGUUAGAUCCAAAUUAUUUGACAGAAAAACAUCUAUAAUCCUGAAGAUACACCUGCAGCAAAAGUAAGCACUAAAAGUGUGUAACGUGAACAUCAAAGUAGAAGUGACUGAGAUGCCGUUGGAUACAAACUCAAAAACUAACGUCCCUCUGGGAUCUCAGUUUUCUUUAGCAGGUGAGCUUAACUUUGGGUGCCAUGAAGGGAAAUCAGUCUUUUGAUCAGUUUGAAGUUUGUCUGAAAGGAUUUCCUUUGCUUUAUGUCAUCUGAUGUCAUGGAGUUGUCUGUUUGGUCAGUCUAAUUAAUGGGACGUUUCACUCUUACACUCUGGAGAUGCCUUCUAAAGCUGUAUGAACUCCGCCACUAACAUCACUUGUUUGACUGCAGCGAAACAUGGCAUCACAUUAAAACAACUAUUCUCUUGAAUCUAUGCUCCUUUUAUCCUCUUUACCUUCACUGCUUUAAAAAACAUCUGUCUACUGAUUUUGCAGGUUCAGGUUCAAGCUGAGGUUACUUUGUAUGUAUCCCUGGGUAGAUUUGUUUUACAGGCUUUGACAUAACACAAAGUAUGUAACAUAUCAUUUUAUGCAAAAUGGUUUUUAAACUAUUCUUGUUUUGUUCCCCAAGAUAUUUUUGAACACUAUGUGCAAAUGGUUGUAUUGUUCCCCAGCAGCUCAUCUGCUUCCUUUGUGCUGUGCAAUCAAGGGAAAUAUUGUGUAUCAACAGCAACAGCUUUCCUAAAUCAACAAUGUUUUCCUGUUUUAUUCUUAUAAUCUUUUCAGCUAAAAGGACCCAAAUGCUCUUCAUUGACUUUUCCAAAUAAUUUACAAAUUCCUUUCAACACUGAAAUCACUUGAGGGCAAAAGGCUCAUGAUCCUGCUUCCAAUCAUCUAUAAGAACCAUACUGGUUAUAAACUUGGAAUAUUAUAAUCUCAAACCUAUAAAUAGUUGGUUAAGUUUAUGCAGCUCAUAUCUGGAGUACUUUGGGAGGCUUCUAAGAGUUUGUCCUGUGGGUUUUGAAAAAUUAAUUCUCACUGUGGGGUCAGGCUGUUUCCUCAACUCUUCCAGGAAAACUCUCCCUCUGCUUACACUUAAAAAACAGGAAAGAGAAUCUCCCAUGGCAACAAGAAAUCCUCUAGUUUGUUUUGAUGCAGUGUACCAAAAGCUCCUAAAGUGCAAUGUGUUUUAAUUUGUGAGUUUACUGAGCAGCAAUUUCCGAGCUAUCCAGUACACUAUGUUUAAUGGACACCAAAACCCAUCUUCAACGAGCUAAUGCAGCCCAAUGACAUCUUUAAUGACAUAAUGCAAACCAAUGCUGUCUUUGAUUAAAUAAUGCAAAUGUAAUGUUUUGUUCUGUAAUAGAAUAAUGUCACAUAGAUUUGUAACUUAAUGGAAUUACGGGAGCUGCAGUAAUCACUUGUGUGCUGAGCUAAUGCUGACUGAGGCAGGAGCUCCCGGCGGUAAUGGCCGAGGAUGGCGGCUGUUCUGGGACCCUGAGGGAUUAAACAAGGUUGUGUGCGUUUCCCCUCCGCUUAUGUCACCGUCAGUCUGUUUGUCUCCAUCUGUUCUCCGUCACAUUGUAAGCCUGAUUCAGUCGCUGCUGUCUUUUCUGUCUCCCUCCUCUCAUUCAAACUGUCUCCUUGUGGCUGCAGAGUUCAGGAUCCUUCUAUGCAGCCAUCUUUAAACGACUAAAAGUUACAAUUUCCAACUUAUGCAAACCGUGACUUGCACACACACACACACACACACACACACACACACACACACACACACACACACACACACACACACACACACACACACACACACACACACACAUAAACACACUUAGACACACACAGAUACAGAGUUUGAAGACCUCCACUGAAGGUCAUGUCAGAGAUUGAAUGUUCCCUACUUUUAAAGAUAAAUCAAUCUUCCAUUAAUGGAGUGUGUGUGUGUGUGUGUGUGUGUGUGUGUGUGUGUGUGUGUGUGUGUGUGUCUGAGAGUAAAAUCCUGCACUGCUAUGUCUUUAAAUGUCCAUCAUGCUGCUUUAUGAAAAACCAUAGAUGUAUAAGGGCUCACAGAGAUUUGUGUAUUUGUUUGUCAGUGUGUCAGUGUGUAUCAGUGUAUGCCACAGUUUGUUGACUCAGACACUCAGAUUGCUGAUCAAUAGUUGUGAUUGAAAGGCCCAUUAGCCAUCGGAAGCAAUGGAGACAGCAUCACUCCACAUGACAACCUCUGUGGGAACACACACACACAUGCACACAGAGAGAGAAUAGGACAGGUAACAAAUUAAGAGCUUGAGUAUGAUGAAUACACAAUUCCCUUCAGAGCAUUUUAUAAUCUAUACUGCCUCUGACUGCAAUCAGCCGCUCUUACCUACACACAAGCAGCUUGGACACACAGGAACACACACGAUUUAUUUUCAGCUUGUCUUUACGUCAGACCCAUAGAGUCUAAAGUCAGGAUGCAGAUUAAAACAAAAGCCAGGGGACUGGAUUAAAACUGUAUAUUAUUUAUCUACUUAAGUGUUAACCGCAACCUAUAAGUGUCACGCUUGCUAGCUUGCAAGCUUGCAAUCAACAGUACAGUCAAUAAUGCUUGUUAGCAAAAGGCGACACAUCUUGACAAAAGAAGACACAAUGAAACUGUCGACCAAUUCUUUUAAUCUGGUGCAAGCUUUUGUCCAAAGUGACAUCUAUCGAACAGAGACAACACAAGCAAAGAUCUAAACAACAAUGAUAACAGGAGUGAGUGCCACGAACUGCUUCAAGUCCAAUUGUGUAAGGCUAGAGGCAUCACGCAAGGUGUAGAAGCGGUUUUGUGCUUUAUAUUUACCUAUUUAAAACUGUUUUUGACUGUUUAAGCUGUUUUUCGUUUACACUAUCAUAACCAUCGUAACGAAACAAAACAAGAAAAAUUGUGAAAACUAAACAACAUCAUUAUCGCCGUCACUGUAAUCAAAAUUAUCUUUAAAACCAAGCUACUACGGGCUGAGUUCAUAAAAAGCUGGGUCUAAUGGUUUCUGAGGCACUGCAUGGCAUGGUAUAGUUUGGUAUGGUUUGGUCUACUGUGGUGAUGGUAUUGGAUAGUAAAGUAUGGUACGGAACAGUAAUGGUAAUAGUAUUAUAUGGGAUGAUGUGGUAUUGCAUGGUAUUGUAUGGUGUGGUAAUUGUAUGGUGAUGGUAUUAUAUGGUUCGGUAUGAUAUAUAAAUAUCAUAUUUGAUUCAACAUCAACACCUACUUUCUCUUCAGUUUCUUAGCAGGGUCUUUCCUUUCUAACAAAGUCAUAAAAGCCUUGUGAUGAUAGAAAUCUCAAGUUUUGUUUCAACACUAGUUUGAAUUCAAGACGCAAGUCUCUUAAACUAGCUCUAAGCAUACUAGCAUAACAUGUAGUAAAGCAUCAACAGAGAAAGAAGAUAUCUCAACUCUGUAUCUGUGAUACAAUCGAGUUUUUCCAGGUCAUGUAGGAGAUUAGAUGACUGAUUAAAGAUCUUGUAAAACAAAGAUAUGUGUGUUGAUAUAAUGCAGAUUUUUAAUAGCAAUUUCAGUACAAUAUGAUACAAUGCAAUACCAUACCAUACAGUAUGAUAUAUGAUAUAUUAUAAUAUGAUAGGAUAUGGUCCUUUUUAUUGUGAUAGUAGGAGUAUCUUUGUCGCCGGAUCUUGUAAGACAAAUUUGUAACGUGUCUUGUUGUGACAGGACCGUAUCUACAAAAAACUGUGAGCUUCCUCCUUAUUUGUCUGUCUGAGAAAAAAGGCCAUUUUGGUGUCUGGAUGUCUCAAAGACACACUGCCUUAGGGGAAACAUUGACUUUGGUGACUGUGGUGAAACAAUCACUCAUAAUAGGUGCUGAGAAUCAACUCCUCUAUUUGAAUGGAUUCACUGAGGACCUGUUUCUGCUCAGCUGAAGGGGCUGGGAUGUGGCAAACAGAAUAUGACCCUCAGGCUGUUGUCACACGUUCACUCAGGGAAACUACGAGAAAAUUUCAGCCCUCAAAUUUUACCUGACUUCUCUGUUCACAAGAGUCCCCCUCACAGUGGGGGGAUUUCAGGAGGCUGAUCAUGAUGCCAAAUAGUCACUGUGUGACCUUUACUUUCUGCUUGGUGGCCUUUACUAAGAUUAAAACUACGGAUUCUUUAAUUUUCACAUUUAAUAUUAAUUUCUAAAAAUGUUGGCAGAGGGAGGAAGGGCUGUAAAUUUUGCGAUGGUUUUUGCCUUUAUAUCGAAUUUAUAAGUAAUUGAGGAUAUCCACAGAGCCAACUACAGUAGAAAAGAACCGACUGGAGAAGAGAAGGGAGUCUAAGGCUGUCUCACUACCUUUUUGGGAUAUUUUCGCUUUACGCAUCAAUCUCGCUUUCUAUCAAAUGUUGUUUCCUAUUGAGAUGAAUACUAAGCGGCUCUGUCCAUGUGUUGAGCCAGAGUUCUUCAAUAAAGGGCACGUGACACCUUUGGGAGUAUUGUUUUAGAUAGGGGAGGUCAAUCUAUCCAGGUACACUUCUCCUGAAAUCUUAAUGAAGGAUUUUAAAAUAGAAUUAUCAAAACAUGAUCCCACAACUCUGACAAUGUAAAGAGAGAGUAGUGAUGUGAUACAAGGAGAGUUUGUAUCAGGGGCAUUAUUCGAUAGGGGUUAUUAGAGUACUGAGAUAUUUCAUCCUGAAAUCUCACAUAAAAGUUUCAUAUAAGAUAACUAACCCAGCACCAAACCUAUUCCUCUUUCUGACAUGCAUUUAGAGCUGUGAAUUUCAAUGAGUGUAUAAAGCUGACUGGUAACUUUAACUAAACCAUGUUGAUGUCUACGGGGAAGUUUUGGUUUAUCAACAUUUUAAAUAUCAAGCAAAUACCAAUGAAACAGCCGGCAACUUAGAUCCUUAGAGUAUCAUGUUCUGAGUUUCAUAAUAAUUUUAAGAAAACUUAAUCAGGGAGAUUUCCAUCACCAAUUUCAGUUCAUUGUUUUUCCACAGCUCUCUUUUGCAGCUCAUAACAACAGCUUUGCUUCAGGACAUAGAAAUGAGUAAAAAUUGAACCUAUUGUUAAAAUAAAUCCAGAGUGAAAACCAGGAGCCAUUUAUCUUGUUAAUGGUACAAUCAUUCUCAAGAUCACCACAAAGGCGCUCAAUAGGCAGUCAGAUUUUCUAUUCAAAGCCGAACUAAUUUCUCUCUCUUUUGUCCACCCUUUCUAUCUCCAUAUCUCUCCAUCUACCUAUCUCCAGGAGGAAGGGGACUCCAGUUUGUACUGCGAGCUGUGCGAUAAGCAGUACCUGAGACACCAACAGUACGAUAACCACAUCAACUCCUACGACCACCACCACAAGCAGGUGAGUCACACCACCCUAACAAGGCACCCAGGGGUCUGCUUUAUCCCGCCAACCAACACCUUAAACCCUCCUGACCAAGGUCAUGGAUUUAUUACAUCCCAAAGACACAGCCAGCGCUCUGCUUUGGUUUCUAUUACACAGACUGGUCGACAAAAAUCACACAAACACACAUCAAUAUCUGCUUGUACGGCCACUCCAACUUCAAACCUCUACUGAUUGAUUUUUUGCCGAAUGAACACUACAGACACAACCACGAGCUACACCAAAAACAUUUACUUUGAUAUUGUUACAAAUAUAUUCAGCCAGAAGCAGUAUUUAAGAAAGAAAAAGCUGACCUGAAGGGAAAACUAUCAUACCUUUAAUGUCAUACAGAGAAAAUUCACACCCAAGGCACAAUAGUGUAUGGAUUCCGACUAUUAAUAAUUUAGAAAAAUAAUCCCUUAUCAUGUUUUACCUUGGAGCAGACAUAGUACUUAAUAAAUAGCAGCGUUUCAUGUUCGGUGUCUGGGCGUGUUAUUAGAGGCUAUGAUUGUGGGAAGUACUGAAAAUCAAUGAGCAGAGCUGCCUCAUGGUUUUAUUGAAUUUUUACAAAUGAUUUUUGCAUCAAUAUGAUGACAAAUUGUGAUCCAUCAGCUUUUUAGUCAGAGUGCUUGGCAGGAAACAUCAUCUUAUUAAACAUCCUCAAAUUUUCGCUUAAACGUCUUUUUAUAUUAGAUUUAGAUCAGUUUUUUUAUUUUCUGUCGCUGACACAUGAGAGUUUUCUCUCUGACGCCUGUCGAUGUAAUUGGUGCUUAAAAUAAGUCAAUCUAUACUUCUUUCCUCAAUCCCUUUAUAAAAAAUGCCAUUUCCCGACUCUCAGUACAAACAAGUAGUUAUCUAGGGCACCGUUCUAGGCUGCGAUCAAUAGCACAUAUUAGAUAAUAACACAGAGAUUAUCAAUAAUGUACUCUACUUACCUAAAAAAGGAAUUUGUCACAUCUUUGUUAGAUUAUUCUUUUGCUUUCCUUUCAUCAAUCUCUUUUGCAGCCUAAUUUAAAAACAGUUUGUUGAUCCGUAAUAAGAUGAGGAAGUGACUCUGAGAACUUGCAGCUGUUUACAAAUUAUAGGUGCUGGAAGGAAAGCAUUUGCUGCAAUUAUCAUUUGUUCACUCGCAAGCGAUGGAAGAGGCAUAAUAUUUUUCACAGUUAGCUGUGAGCCUGAGUUAUUAGGUUUACUUGAGGAUGCAGAGCGUUUAAGGCAUAUUGUUUGAGACUGCAACACUUGCAGGAAACAGAUUUCCUCGCAGUAAUAUUUUUCAGCCUGCAUACACAGCAAGCUAAGCCCGUCUUUUGGUUCAUGGUCAGUCACGGUCUCAUUGCUUUAGAAAAAUGAAGGGGUUUGCUGUGAGGCUACCUCAUCGGCACUUGAUAUGGUGCUGCCUGCGAAGGAUGUAACAAAUCACACUGUAAAGAAACGUACAGUUUAUCUGACUUUAAGCUGCUGCAAAGGAUGUAUGUGUCACUGAUUAACAAUUGACAAUUUAUACAGAGUGAUCUAUCAGAAGCAAGAAGGUGACACCUUAUUGUUGUGUCAAUUUCCAUUGAUUUGAUUUGGCUCUUCGUAUCUGCCAAAAAAUGGCUGCAAUUGACAUUAACAAUGAGGUUUCACACUCAGUUUUCAGCUUCAAUUAACUCAGUCUCUGCUCAGUUUUUUACUCUAAGUUGUUUCAAAUAAAGGAAGUGGGGUAUUUGUUUUGGAGUCUUUGGAUAGUCACCUUUGACAGCAAAUAGGAGGAAGAUUCUCCCAAAAGGCAAAGAGCUUAGGGCGCACACCAGGGCUGCACGAUAUUGGAAAAAACUAACAUUGCAAUUUUUUUCAACCUUAAGAUAUAUAUAUUGCAACAUUACAUCAAUAAUCUCACCACUGACUUAUGAUCAUGUUUGCCUAUUUGAGCAGACACAUAUUCAAAUCCACUCCCUCUACAGGAUUGAAUUGUGAUCAGUAUGAAACUUCUUCUUGACUUGAAUGAAAGUUCAGCAACAAAACCACUAUUACUCUGUGAGAUUUGUAAGUUAACAAUAAACUACCUCAGCCUAGAUGUCAUGAACCCUUCAGAGAAAAGUCAACAGUAUUUUCAGUUUCACAUCCAGACUUCAGUCCACUGGGUGAAUGAAUUUUGUUGUUUAACCUAUCGACUCUCUUUGACCUUGUCUCCUUGACUUUGAAUGUCUUUUGACAACAUCUCCUGACAUCUCAUGCAUCAGGGAGGUUAUUCUGAGUCUUAACAUCCUCCCUGAUGGGUUUACAUUGGAGUUAGUUAAAAGCCUUGUGGUGACAUUUAAGGGGACCCUGUGCAAGGGGCAUGACAGAGCAGUGAAAUGGCUGAUUUUGGGAAUGAGAAUCAUAAUGGGAUUGAUUUGGCCUUAAUGUCAGAGUCAAGAGAUCAAUCAGUUAUAUUCCCAGUGGCGGUGUAACAUCAAACGAGCACAGAAAAUGACAUUUAAAGACAUCGCUCAAAGGUCAAACCUUUACUGCUCCAUUAUGUACUGAUUAAGGAAACAUGCUUUGAUUUGUCUUUGCCAAAUACACAAAAAAGCUAAUGCAACCUUAAAUUACACACAUUGUCCUUUAAUCACGUUUAUUUUCACAUGAUCGCCAGCGCCAUUGGAAAUGUUUUUUCAUGAGGUUUAACAAUCAACUUGUAAUUACAGUUAGAAAAUUGCCAUUUAAAGACUAAAGGGAGCUCAGAUUGUCCAUUUCAAUUUUUUAAUAGUUUUUUAAACUCUGGUUCUUUGAAGGAUUUUGUCUGUGAUGUUUCAGUUUAACAUUGAAGAAUAUUUUAAGAAUUUUCUUGUCGUGUUCCCUGUACACCUUGCUAAUCCAGUACACACCUGAGGCUACAUUUCAGGCUCUGAAAAAUACACUCCAUUUGUCCCUGUAUGUGUCUCUGUCUGUCUGCCUUUGUGUUUUAUCUGUCUGUCUAUUUUUGUCUGUUUAUCUGUUUGUCAGUCUCUCUACCUGCUUCUCUCUCUCUCUCUCUCUGUCUGUCUGUUGUCAUCCGUCCGUCUGUGAUUUGAGCCAACUGGCAUGUUAUUAAUAUUAUUUUUGACUCACACACACACACACACACACACACACACACACACACACACACACACACACACACACACACACACACACACACACACACACACACACACACAGUAUCAGUAUCUCAGGCUUGCAGACAGAGCUCAGUAAGUGAAUUAAGCUGGUCUUGACUGUACUAAAGCUGACACUGGCUGACUUAGUAAACACACAUAAAUACAGGACAUAGAGAAGACAUGCACACGCGGGCACGCACAUACACACACACACACACACACUCACAAUAUUAUACUUACUCAGAGGGUAGAUAAAUAAUUGCUGACGGACAGAUAAAUUUUUCUACACUUACACAGACACUCAAUUCUGCCUGAUCAAAUUAUUUAGACAAACUUUUUCUCGCACUUUCGCCUUUUUGACCUCUUAAAACUCCCUGUCAAAAUAAAAUACAAUUUCUACCAUGACGCCUACUGCUCCUUUAACCAAUAAUAAUCAUAAAUUCAUGUGCUUGUUCUCCAGCGCCUCAAGGAGCUAAAACAGCGGGAGUUUUACAGAGCGCUGGCCUGCAGGAGGCAAAGGAGGCGCAGAGAAGAGAAGAGGGAAGAGAGAGCUCUGAGGAGGCUUCACAAGGAUGAGGAUGGGAGGUCAGGAGAGUGGUGAGUGAAAUAUGGCUUUACAUUAAAGCUGAAAAGAUCUCACUAUCUGUUUAAACCUCUAAUACCUGUGGGUGAACAGGUGAGAAGUAAUGCCAAUGGGUGAAUGGGUGGUUAUGAAAGUGAAAAUACAGACAGGGAGACUAAGACCACAGAACAAAGCCUGUUCAUAAUUUAUUUUGCUUCUUACCAACUUGAGACAUAAAAAUGUUUCAAACCAAAUGUUAUUUCAGGGUAUUUUCAAUGAUUUAACCUCAUUCUUUUAGUCAAUUUCAGAUUUGGUAACACUCCCAUGGCAACAGAUUCUUAUCAGCCUCCUCGCAGGACAACAUAAUUUUAAACUUAAGGUUUCAAUUUACAAUCAAGUUUAAAAAAAAUUAGCCUACUUAUUUUCUAUAAUAGAAAUUAUACAGAACAUUUAUUGAAGAUAACAAAAACAAGGUGAACAGGACUUCUUUGGGAUUAGUUAUGUUGACAUUUCUCCCCUUACUCAUCUCCCCUUCCUAUCAGAGCUUUGUAGUUGACACACCUUUAAACAUGAAUGAGGCAAAUGUCGCAGCUUGCUGCUGUUGCUGCUAUCGCUACUCCUUGUACUCAAGUUACUUUGGAGCAAUCAGCAGCUUAGAGAUGCUCUCCCCUGCUCUGCUGACUGGAUUGCAGAAAAAAAGAUAUUGCUCCACUUUUCCCUAUCAGAUAAAGUUCAAGCUCAUCAGGCUGCUCUAAAAUUUGUACUCCAAAAAUGUAACUAUUUCACAACUUAAGACAAUCCUGAGACAGAACGUCAGUUUUGCCACAAAGUUUACCAAUUUAGAGUAGAAUAGAAUAGAAUUUUACCCGGCUUCCUAUCAACGCGUUUAACUUCUGGCGCAAAGUCUAGCAUGCCAACACUGGAGCGUGGGCAGAACACUUAGGUCAGCGUUAAGGUCCUUACACACCAGCGAAUUUGCGGAGCGAAGCGAAAAAGCGAGAUGAAAAAGCUGAAAAAUCGCUUUCGCUUAUACACACUGGGCGACCACUCUGUGGUACACACUCUCUCCCAUCGUUGCUCUUGGUGCCAGUGGUGGUGUGUGUCGUGUGAACUGCAGCCGCAUGGGUCUGUGACGUCAUCAACAACAUGGCUUUUGAUUGGCCAGAGGCCAGAGGUCUAGCAGGUCCAAAUAUUCACCUGCAAAUCUCCAAAAAAUUUGACACAAGAGCGAAAAAAUAAAAGUCGCUUUUCGCCCCGCAGAAAAACUGCUGCCAGUGUGGAAGCUUGCAUUGACUUUAUGCUGUUUUAAAAAAAGGCGAAUAAAGGCGAAUAAUUCGCCUGGCGAAUUCGCGCCUGGUGUGUAAGGACCUUUAGUCUGACUGAGCUGUACACAUAAAGGAGAUAACUGAUGUCCGAACAUUUUACCAAAGUAUUUUUCUUUGAAUAUGAGAAUUUGUUCUAAUGCAAUUGUAGUGAGACCUGCUUUUUUACAUAUUCUUUAAAAGUCCAGUUUCUGUAAGAUUAAAGAAAUCUUACAGAAAUCACUAGCAUGUUUCUUUUCGUUUGUUGUUGUCAGAAACUUUUAACUCCGGCCUGCCCCCUGGUGGAUAUAAUGUUUCACAUCCAUGCCAACAUAAAGGAUGCAUGUGGGCAGUGACAGAACCAUCGUUUGAAACGGACCUGUACAUUUUCAUACAUAUGGCGAGCAUAAAUGAGCCUUAAAAGUCUUUUCUUUUACAUAAAACAGCACAGUACAGAGGAGCUUAUUGUCCUCAUUAUUAUAUUGACAAGUAUACGGUAGUAAUAAAAAAACAUGUAUAAACAACUUUUCACCUUCAUUAAGAGGGCUGUUCAGUAUUCCAGUCAACAUAAUUUAUAUUAUGUAUGGAUGAUGAUGGGUUAUCAAUUUUGCUUCUCCUUAAUGUAAGGAGUCUUUAAAUCACAACAUUUGCUUACUCACUAUACUCUUCACACAGCCAUACAAGGUGUUAUCAACCAGUUAAACAGCCAUUAUUGGUGCCUAGCGGGAAUCAGAGGACCCCACUGAUUCCCCUGUAGGUGCUAAGUAGUCCUUUGUCAUCUAAUGGUGUAAUGACCUGGAUUACCUUUUUGGGCAGCUGCAAGUAUUGGCUCUAUAAGAUCAGUACAAGAGCAAGGCAAUUAGGGGUGGACAAGAAAGAGCUAAAGUCUUUGUUAAUCCAUUUUUAUUUAGAGUUUAUCAUCAUAAGCGCACACACCUUAUCAUGAUACAAACACAAAGGUCAUCUUCUUUGGAGUCACUUUAUAGAAAUAGGAUUUUAUGUUUUGUUUUCUUUUUUUUUAUUGUUUUAUUUUAUUUAUUUAUUUUGGUCUAAUUGCUUCUUAGUUACAGCAUUAAGUUGCACAAAUUUUAAACUAAUCUUCCACAGUAAACAGAAAGACAAGCUGCUGUCUAUGUUUGUCCGAAUCACUCUAUAGAUGAGUGUUAAUGUUGUUGAAGAAUCUCUACACAGUAUUUUCCUGUGCAUUCAUAUUCUGGUUGGGAGCAUCUGGGACUGCGCACUGUUUGUUUUGAAACAAUGUUGAACAGGGAUGGGAAAAAUGACAAAGGGAGAGAAAAACCCUGAAAGACAAGUGAUAAACCAACAGUGAGAUCUGGAAAAACAUGAUGAUGGAUUUUGGCUUCUCCCUUCAUGGAAUUCAUUUUUAUGAUGAGAGUUCAUCUGGCGACCUACCAAACAGAAUUCAGUUUCCCAAAAUAUAUACGAUAGCACAUGAAUGCAAAAUUUGAGCUCAGGGCUGCGAGUCAAAACCUGAAGACGCCCACUCAAAAAAAAGAGCGCAAGCCUCCGCCAAGAAAAUAGUCCCUAAAGACUUGAUCAAACAUCCAUGACUUUUAAAUUUGUGCAUGAAAGUUGAAGUCUAAAAAUGGGUCUGCUUGCACACUUUGGUCCAACUUAUAUUUAAAGACAGUUAAAAUGUCUACUGGCAUGUCUGUUUCACAGAACAGUGGGAGAUAAAAAUGGAGAUCACUAACUAGCUCCCUGGUUACAAUGAGCGUUGGCACAGCAACCAAUAAAAAGCAUCUUGCUGUGCUUAAUGGAGAAAAUCAGCAUGGCCAUAUCAAGUGUCUCUGACCAAUCACAUUGAGCCGCUGCACCGCCUGCUGCAUACUGAGAAUCAGUGUCGGCUGUCACUGCCAUUUUCAGAUUCCCAACAAUGCCGUUUGGCUCCCAGCACACAAAAAGGAGGGGGGGUAGCAUGAACAAAUUGAUUUUCAGCUGGAUUUCACUUUCCUCUCAUUGCUAGUCUCCUUGUUUCCUACACACCCCUCCUCAUAUGUUUCCUCUCACCCUUUCCCUUUUUAUACAUGUUCCCUCCUCUCAUCCUUUUGUUUCCUCUGCCCUUAUUUUUCAUUUUGCCAUCUCUUUUUUUCUCAUCUCACUCUAAUUUUUCCUUUAAUUUUCCUUUAACACUUUAAUUUUAUUUCUUUCAUACUUUCCUCUGCUUGUUUUUCCUCUGCUUUUCUUUCAUUGCCCCCUUCCUCUAUCCAGCUCCUUUACACUCUUCCUUACAACCUUCUUGACCCCCUCCUCUCCAUAUCAUUCUUUAAGUCCUGUAUUUGAUUCCUCUUUGUCUUUUUUACUUCUUCCAGACCUUGUUAUUCUUUCAUUCUGUCAUCCUUUUCCCAUUGACUGUAUUCCUUUCUCAUCAUAUUUACUCAGUUAUCACUUUCUCCUUUUUUUCUUUGUCUCCUAAUCGAUGUGUUUCCUUGUGUUUUAAAAGUGUUUCCUUUCAUCCCCUAUUGUUAUUGUCCAUGUUUCCUUCUUCCUUUUGUCUCUCCUUGUAUUUCUUUCUCUCCCUUUUAAUGUAUUUCCCCUCAUGACCCUUUUCUUUGCCUUCAUCCUCCAACAAUGGUUGCUUGUUUCCUCCUCUCUUCGUCAUACUUUUAUCACUCAAUCUUCAUCUCACUAUCCUUUUCCCUUCAGUCCUUCCUUGCUCAACUUCUUUCCCAUCAUCUGCCCUCCCCAGCUCUCAACUUUUUUCAUCCACUAUUUUUCAAACUGUCCUUUGUCUUUUCUCUAUUUUCUACUGUUUCCAAUUUCUUUUUUGUCUUCUUUCUUCUUUAUAUUUUCUCUCUCCACCUUCCUCACUAAUUUCGUCCCCCUUCAUCCUCAACCAUUUAACCUUCCCUUAUUUUUCCUCCUCUCAUAUUCCAAAACCCUUUGUCUCCUUGUUCCCUCCUCUCCUCAUUAUCCCUUUCCUCCUACUCCUUCUUUUACUCUCGCUUCCUUUUAUCCCCACUUCCCUAUUGUUCUGUUCUCCUCCUCACUUUCAUCCUUCUUUAAAAUAUUUCUUCCUUUCUUUUCCUUGUUUCAUUCAUUAUUCCUUUUCUCCUUCCCUUUUGAUUUUAUCUUGCCUCUCCACCUCUCUCUGUUUUUUUAUUCAUCCUCUCCUUUUUAAGUCUUUCCUUCAUUGGUUACCCAUCAUCUCUUCACUCAUUGUGCUUUACGUUUUUUUUUUAACUCAUCAUUGUCUUUUCCUCAUUUUCCUGAUGGUUCUCUUAACUACUUGACUAUUUGUUCCCUAAUCCUCAUUAUAUUCCUCCUCUUUUCACUUUUCUGCUUUCUCUUCUUCCUGUUUUCCAUUCUUCUGUUUUUAUUUAUUUAUCAUUUUUUUUCAAAAUCUCUUCUCUUUGCCCUUCAGCGCUCCAGGUUCUGGUCCAAUGUUCCGGUCCACCACUGUGGCAGUCGAACCAGGAAACCAGACCAGACCAGAUUUGGUGCAGAACUGGGCUGACAUGCAUCCAAGUGGCUCUUCACUGGGAACAAGUAAGGUUUUCUCAGCUUUUAAGGCGAGCACUGUGCCGCUUAAAUAGUUAAUGAGCGUGUGUUUGGUUUUGCUGAUGGAGAUAUCAGUCUUGAUAUUGAGGGAUUAACCAGAGUGUGGUCUGCUGCAGCAGCGCUGAAAUAUCUUUUUCAACAGCAGACUUUAGAGACGAAAUGAACAGCUCUGAAAUCUUUGCAUAAGAUUAGAUUAAAUGAGAUAAAAUCCACAGGGAUGAGAGGUUAUGGUUUGGGAAAGAAGUGGUACACAAUUUAACAACAGGAACAUGUACAAGGCAAUUAUACGCUAAAUGAAAAAUGGCUCUGGGGCCUUAGUCACACUGGCAGAGUUUCAGACCAACCAACUGAUUUCAAUAGAAAAGCAAAAAGAAGUGGAUUUCAAAUAAAUUACAACACUUUUCAACUUGGGUGAACUUUCUCAUACAAAUCCCAGCUGCUGCUGUUGACCAAUUGGAAACAAUCUUGACAGUACUGACCUUUGAGGUAAUAUAGUGUAGAACCAGAAAAGAGAGGGAGGCAAUCAGUGUAACUUGAAGUGCACCACCCUAAAUUAUAAAACCCUGCUAUGCUCCUGUGAGUAAUGAGCUCCAGAUUAAAAAGGCACAGUAAGGAAGUGAACGGUACUGGGGAUAAUCCAAAGUGACUGAUGUCCUAGUUGUUUGAAGGGAAGUUCCUUUUUCUAACUGGCAGACCAGUUUACUGAGGGUGUGCUGGUGAUAUAUUGAUCAAGUUCAGAGGUCUACCAUACAAGAAGUUGUCUGUCACCUGGGCCUGUUUAAAUCCAGAUGGUGGAGCACUGCAGCAUUAUGGCAAUAACAGUUAACCAGAGCUAAAGCUUCAGAUUGUGGCAGGUGGCUGCGCUACAGCUUCAACACAACAUGUGGUGGCAUUACAGGCCCAUUAUAUUAAACUUGUUGAAUUUAAGUCCCACUCAGAUCUUUUUUUUACUACUUAAAGUGUUAUCUGUGGUCUUUAAAUUGUGAUUAUUAAGUUUUUAGCCAAAAUCAUGUUACCUGUGCCAUUUUCUAGGGCUUUUCUUCUGCAGAGCUCCAGUAGCUCAUUAGCAAUUCGCCUUUAAGUCGUGGUCGGAGACAGCGCCGCUCUGCACACUCAUCUCCAUGCUAGCUUACAGCCUAACAUUGCCGGUGUAGUAGAAGUAGCAGGUAACAUAGGAGCUAUUCAACUCUUGGACACUAAUGUCUUUGGAGGCAUGAUAAAAGCUAAUAUCCUAAAUAGCUUUCUUAGGAGCACUGCAAUCCACAAACGCACACGCUCGUUCCGCAAUCGUCCUCUCUAUUUCUCUGAGUCUGGCCUGCAUAGAGGGGCUCUGGGGGCGGAGCCUGGAUUUGCCACAUAGGAAAUCUCACUGUGUCUGAACCUGCUGUUUGGGUCUGACAGAGAUUCACAUUGAUUUGAAAGUAGAAAUAAUUAGAAAUGCAAUUUCGCACUAAGUUUUCUGUCUGUUUCUAUGUCUGUAGCAUCAGACAAAUGCCAUGUGAACAUGUAGACAACAAGAAAAACUGGAUUUUCAUCAGAGUGGGUCUUUAAAGGGGUACAGUGUUUAAUUAUGUACAUCCUGAUCAACAGAAACCUUUAAGCAGUGGCUCUUAAAUGUAAUUUUGUGUGACUGAGUGAACUUAACAGAUUUUAUUUUAGAAAGUUUAGGAGGAAUUCAACAUCAACAAAAGAUAUGUUUCUGAGCUGUUCAAUGUUCAGCAACAAACUGAGAGUUUAAAAACCUCAGUUCAUGAAUUAACAGUCAGAUAUGGAGUUAGAUUUUCUGUUCAACUUUUAGUCUGGAUUUGUUUUUGACUUAAGAGUGAUAAGAGCUCUCUUCAGUUCAUCUCAAGGGGAUUUAAAAGUGAAAGCUGGACUUGUUAAUGAAAAGAAAAUAAUUCUUUACAUGAAAUUUGGUUGCAGCAUUUCUGUGUUUUCAAAGAAACGAUCAAUUGUCAUGCCGUCUUUCUUGAGAAUUUAUCACUCACAUAUUCAGGGACGGCUUUUGUCCUCAUUUUAAAGUUUAAACAUAAGAAAAAGUUUGACAGCUGCAUUUAAGUCGACCCUCCUGAAGUACUAAAUGUAUUUUCACAUCUAGUUCCACAAGUGUAAUAAUUAAUUUGAAAGCUUCUCUUUAAACCUGUGAUAUUAAACAAAAGGGUUUCUGGUGUGACACAUUAUGGAAAAGUUUUAAAGCCAUGAGUCAUCUUAAAACCUUCACUCGAGAAUAAUUGUAUGAGUCAGUUGCUUCUCUGAUGUAUAGACGAAAGGGUGUCUGGCAGAAUGUUUGGCUCUAAGAUAGAUGUAGAAAGAUAGAUAUUACAUGAUAUAAAUCAAAGCUCUUCAUCUUCAUUUCUUUUUCUAUAAGUCACCCACACAUUCUUCUCAGUGCUACUAACAUGCAUCCUACCACCAUAAAUCUCAUUCAGACUUGUUUGAAAGCAACAAAAGAUUUAUGGUAAAAAGCAGAAAGGUUGAUUGAACCCAUAAAAAGCAGCUUACUGUAUGGAGAAUCUUAAAGAUGAGAGCUGUUUUUUCAACGCCUGACUUCAAAUUCCUUUCUUUACUGUCUCCACACACCAAGUGACAGUGAAAUCAUUUGCAUGAAUGAAUUACAUGUCAAGUCAAUGCAAAGACGCAAUUAGACGCUCCUUCUACUCUGGCGGCGCAAAUGACGCAGAUUAAGCAGGAGCUGGAAAUGUCUCAACUUGAACAGUUAUUUGCAUUGCAAUAACUAAUAAGCAUGUAGGUUGCCGGGUGACGUAUGAAAACCAACGGUUGUUCACUGGUAUCUAAAAUGGAGGACAAACUGAUCAUGUCGGUGCCCUGAAUUAUAUGAUACCUUUUUCUUUCAAUUACUGAAACCUGAAUAAAAAGGAGCUGGGCUGGAGGCAAGUCAGUGAGGAGGUUGGAUUACCUGGUAAAUUGUAAAAAACCUUUGUCUAUCACUUGAUCCCGCUGGUUGAACUGGCAGGGAUCACCUUUGAAAUUACUGUUGACAUUUAUGAAGCGAGUAAAUAGUAUUCAUUCACAAGUCUAGAUACACACAAGUUAAGCGAGUCGAUGAUUUUACUCGUGCUUGGUGUGAGCGCCCCAUUAGAGUCAGUUUUUGCACAUAAUGCUGUUAAUUUCUACAUGUUCAUGUAACUAGAGUCACACGGUGUAAUCCGUCUUUGCUCUCUCUUCUAUUUAGAUCAGCUGAUCCAGCCUUUACUUCCUCUGGACCCUGCACUGGAAACCAGACUCCUGAGCAGCACGCAAUGGGGGUAUGGCCAAAUGGAUGCCAACAAUACUACAACUGUUGACCAGUCCUGCAUCCUAAAAAAUUCCCAGAUGGACUACAAUGGCCCGACAGCAGCUGUGAUUACCUCCAAUACCACCACUGACAACAUCAUGAACACUGGUACAACAACAAACUUUUACUCCUCCAACAAGACUCGUCCCUUUAACAAGAUCCCCUGGGCUCAUAAUUAUUUAAGUAACCCCAUUACUCCCAAUGACAUAUCAACAACUGCCACAGAGGCACGAAGUAAGACAGUCCAAACCACCACAGCUGCCAUAACAAACACACCUGAUAUCAGCAUCAGUGGUAACAGAGCAGUUAGCAAACUAGGUAUUAUGUCAGUCCCCAGUAGAGUCCGUCCUGUGUCCUUCUCACUGCCCAAAAGGAGCUGUGUUCUCCUUCACCAAUCUGCUGCUGUAUUCAUCCAAGCGGGGCAAGGCGCUGGCAUGUCUGGGAAGCAGGAAUUAGUGACAGCACAAGAACGAGCCAAAGAUUUGGGGGAGAAAGUUGCUCAUCAGCGUCUCAAAUCUCCAGUAUCUGCAGACGUGGAUAAUAGUGUAGGUGUGGAUCAGUGGGACACUGGAAACCAGUGCAGUGGGGACACUAAAGUGGCAAUCCAACACUCUGAGACUGCAGCCAACAUGUCUGCUGAGAGGGGAAGUGAAGAAGUGUCUCGGACUGGAGCCCAGGUUUCUUUAUGUAAUCGCAGUGUGAUCAGAGUUGAAGACUCUGUUAUGAUUGGGAACGGAGCCCAGCUCUCCUUAUGUAAUGACAAUGGGACUCAAGUCCAAGUCGGCCUUGAAAGUAGGACUGAAGCUCAUCUUUAUUUGAACAGAGGGAUGCCGGGGCAGGUUUCUGAUAUUGUAAGCACAGUUGUGACUGAAGACACAGGCAACAAGACAGAAAAUCAUGACAAUGUGGGUCAUGGGACAGAGCUGAACCCUGGCCAAGAACUGAGAGAUUUACUUUGUUCUGCUACAAAUCAGCCUCAGAAAUCGGCCUCCCUUCUGAAUGAAACCAAAGAUUCUCAAAUCCAAGCACAGCCCAAGGAAUCCAACUCCUCUUCACCAAACUGGACUAAAGAAUCAACCUCUUUGACUCCAAGUCGUCCCAAAGAGCCAUUCUGUCCUGUCCUAAGCCGAGAUGGUACCAGGGUUCUCCUCUGGCCUUCAGAGAUGGUCAGUUAUACCAAGACCUCGCCCUCUAUCUCUUACAGUAUUAACCCUCUGCUGUAUGACUUCAGAGCACAUAGCAGGACCAAAGAAGGGGGAGAGGUAAAGAAAGAAGGUCUGGAGGAGGGUAGGGAGAGAAUAAAGCCAUCUGUGAUCAAACAAGCCAACUGCCAACUGAGGCAGGAAGUGAAGGAGGGAGAUAGGGAGAUAGAUAAAAGGGAAGGAGAGGAUGAAGGAGGACAGGCAGGAAAUCCUGUGGAACCUGUUGCCGGUUGUAGCAGCCCCGGCACAGCUUCAGACCCCUAUGACUACCGUGAUGAAAGUGCUUUAAAACCUGCUCCCAUUUCCGCAGAAUGCCAACUUGCGCCAACUCUAGGCCUUCAAAAAAUGGUGAGAAAGAGGAGGAGGGGAAAAAGAGGAGGGGUGAGGAGAGGAUUGAGGAAGAGGGGUAGAAGGAAAAGAAGAGGAGAGACUGAUAGAAAAGAUUCAGAGAGAGUAAGAAGGGCAAUAAGCAGUCUUAUUGAGAAUCAGGUGUUUGAGGGGAGAGCAGAAGAGAGGCUGAAAAGAGAGGGCACAGAAAAACAGGAGAAAAGAGAAAAAGGGCUAUUAAGUAAUCUUGCAGCGCAUCGGCUGGUAGGAGGGAGAGAAAAGAAGAUGAGGGCAGACGAGAGAAGGAUAAGAGGAGAUCAGACAGAGCGAGAGAGGGCAGGUAGAAAUGACGAAAAGAGAGGAGAGCUAUUAAGUAAUCUUCCUGUGAAUCGGUGUAAUCGGUGUAACCAGCUGUGUCUGCAGGUGAAAAGGGAGGCCAGCCAGCAUCAAUCCCAGCAAUCAACCUUCGGGUGGGGCCAGGGGCUCAGAAAGCUCCUCAGCAGGGGUGCAGCAUGUAACUCAGUGAUUAGCCCCGUCCCCGGGUCUGUUAUAGAGAUGCCACGCUGUCCUGCAAUUACACCCGACCCUGCUCAGAAUGACAGAGAGACGGGGGAGACGAACAAAAAUACACAAGAGAGGAAAGAGGAAGGGCGGACAGAUGAGGAGCAAAGGAAUCCAAGGAAGACGGAGAUAAGAGCUGUUCAGGAUGCUAAAGAGAAUGUGUGUAACCUAGUGAUUAGGCCUGUUUCUUUUCCCUGUCGAGAAGCAGCACGCAAGCCUGAAAUCUGUCUUGUUCAUACACCUCACAGGGAAACAGCAUGCGAUCCAGCGAUUAGCCUUGUCCCCGCUCCCUUUCGGAAAACAGCAUGUAGUCAAAGACAAACAAUACCUGUAGGACACGGCAAUCUGGUGCAAGGCCCAGCCCCAAGCUGCUUCACACAACAGACAGAAACAGGAGUGAGUAUUAGAUCAGCCUGCUCAGACACAACCCUCCCAGGUGAUGCGAAUUCAAAGGAAGUCAUGUCGAGAAGUGGGAUAGCAGUCGGCAAGAGGAAGAUGGAAGAGCUGGAGGCGGGGGAAGUGCCAAAGAAGAAACGGAAAAGGGGAAGGAGACAGACAAAGAAACUUGUUUCUGCUCUGAGGACUUGUACCCAGAGAGUGGAAAGAGCUUGUGAUGCGGUGACCCCUGAUCCUUGCACCGAUGAGGUCUCUCGUAUGCAAUUUGAGACACUUUCAGACAACUACAUCAGUUUCAACACUGCUGAGUGCGGUCAAGAGGGCAAAGGGACUGAGAAAAACACUGACUGCCAUUUUCUUUACAUGACGAAACACUUUGAGUGUCAAAAAACAAAUAAUGGGGAGGGAACACUUAGUUGUGACCCCACUGAUACACCGAGUACCUACUGCCACUGUGAUGACAGUGAGGAUGGUGACCGCGACGUCGGUGAGCAGAGCCAAUUUAGCUCUGUUUGCUCUGGAGGUGAGAAACCUUUCAAUGACUGUCACACCUGUAACACAUCAGAUGACCAGGUUGAUGAAAAGCGUGACGGGUCAGGCAUCAGCAGUGCUACUUAUGACAAUCCUUGCAACCAGAACGAUGGACUUACUCUGAGCUGUGAUUCAAAGGACCAGUCGCCUUAUCUUGCAGAUGAGCUUCACUCACCUAAUGAGAGGGAUGAACUCACAUGUGACAACAUGGACACACCUGCAGAUUUACCACUGGAGGACUCCAUUACCUGUAGCACAAAUGAUACACACACUGACCAUUGCCAAUAUAAAAACACACCUCUUGACCCCAAUUCAAGCGACCAUCAUGACCAAACAACCUCCAAAAGUGUCUCCACUGAGGAGGAUGAAACCAAACCACAGGGUCACAACCAUUCAAGCCCAGCAUCUGAUAACAAAAGGAGUAUUGAUCAAAGCAAUGUAAACCACUGUGAAGAUAUUGACAGUGGUCGGUGUGAUCAUUUAGACCAUAAACAUGUCAUUGAUUGUAAUCACUGUGGGUUUGAUGGUGUUGUGAGUAUUCCUACAAGUGUAACCAAUGCUCCCGCACUCAUGAGCACACUUCAGGAGCAGAGAGAGGACGAAAAAGAUCUUGAGAGAGCGAGAAAAGAGGAGAUGAAACAGAUGGAGAGGAGAAAGGUGAAGGAGAAGCAAGAAGAGUGGGAGAAAGAGUGGGUGAGGAGAAAAGAGAAAGAAAAGGAGGACAGGGAGAGAAGGAAGGAGAUGGAUUUUGAGCAUUUCUUUCCAGAGAAGAGGCCCUGUUUUCCUCAUGCCCUCCCUUCACACUGUGUCCCCUUCCAUGGUCCUCUCCUCCUCCCACAUUCCCUUUCGUCCUCCUCUUCUUUCUCUCUCCAUCACACCAUCAUUCAGCAUCACCUAUCUCUCCUCCCCCCUCCGUCACACUUGCCUCUCCCCUCAUACCCUCAUAUUCUCCCCUCUUUCUCCCCUCAUCUCUCGCCUCUAGCUCUUAAUCCAACGCCAGCCCCUCCACCACCUCCUCCUCCCCCUCUUCCCCCCUCUUUCUACACCUCACCCCCCAUUCCUCUGUUGGAUGCUCCUGGUCCGUAUCCAUUAGCAACAGCGUUUCACCCCUUGCAAAGUCACCAUCCGUCCUUGUAUCCACCGCCCCAUCCUGCAGUCGUGCCCUUACAGAUGUUGUUCUAAAGAAAUUAGAUAAAUAAACACUCCUGGAAGACUUAAACACCUUAUAAAGAAAAAGUUGGCACCUGAAACCCUUCUUCACAUGUGCACUUGAAGCUUGUCUGAAGUGAAAGGCAGAACAAUUUCCACAAGACUUGAAUAGAGAAACAAAAUCCAAUCUUUCUUAAAACUAAACCUCUGGCAACCUCAUCACCCUGUCAAAACUCUCCAAGCACUGAUUCACUCAUGGUGUAAAAAUGAUGGCUAAUUAUCUUCAUCAGCGGCAAUCCUGCUCAAAAUGAGCCUCAGGUGUGCAGCUAGAGGAAUCGGGUUGGGGACACACAGCUGGGCUCGCUUCCCUUGGCACAAAUCAGUCGACUCUUCUGUUUUGCAUUUUCAACGAACGCUUUGCUUGGUUUGAACCUUUUUGGAGAUUCAAACUGUGGUCUGUGACUUUGAAGGAAAAAUCCAUCAUUGUACACUCACACAUGUCUUUAGUGGAUGAUAAUUAAUGCAGGACUUUUUUUUGUCUUGUUUAAAUUUACAUGUUUUCCCUUAAGAGCUUCCACUUCAGUUUCCUUCUUUUCCCCUGAAUGACUUUUGCUCUCAGCAGAAGGUUGUUAAGAGCUAUUGACCUGCAUUACUAUUUCAACUAGCUUCUGUUUUGCAAGCAUCGUUUGGAAUGGAGAGACCUGGGCUCCCUGAAAGGCUGGAAAAUGUUUCCUAGGUUUCUUGUCCAAUAUUAAUAUCAAUUACUGAAUUAAUAAUGUAGCACAUUGAGGAGUCGUUGCAUUUUGAUAACUAAUUAUUUAAACAAAGACAGAUCUUGAUUCAUAUCAUUUGUAUUCACUAAUGUCACAUGUUCAUGGGGAGCUGAAAGCUGCAACACUGUUGCAUUUAUCACUUGUUUCGGUUCUGCUUUCACACUGUGAUUUCUAAAGCGCACCGAACUUUCCGAGCAGCAUCACGUGGUUGAAAGGGGCGCUCGUCGAUUGGACAAAGUAGGAGGGGUAUGUAACCUCAUGGAUUACAAACAGGGGUGGACUAGCCGUCUUGAAUCGCGCUUCGUCACAUUAUUUUAUGGAAUGCUAUGUCCUUAGUGAGCGCAACUGUUCCUAUAAUGCUAUCGUAGCUUGUCAGGGAUGGAGCCUGUUAGUUUUUCUAACUUUGACGAUCUAACAUGUGACAACAUAUGAGCUCAGAGUUAUUGUGAGGACUGUGACUGUUGGUAGUUGUGAUUGGAUUUUGUUUAAAUAUGCCAGAUUGUGAAUUUAUGGGUUAUUGUUAUUCAGACAAUUGAGCUAAGCUAGCUAGCAACUGCUAAUGUCAGCGGUCACUUGUUUCUAUAGCAACAAGGUAUGCCGUGCUUCCUCUAUCCAAGAUGCACUGCGUAUAGCUUCAUUACUUACAUUUGAUCCUGUGUUUGGUCCGGUGAGCUUUCACACUGCAUUCGAACCGAACCAGGGUUCACUUGCAAGCGAACUGAGACCCGUGUUUUCAGGCGGACCAGAGUUCGCUUGUUUGGUCCGCACUUUAGUCGGAUGAGCUUUCACACCUGCCCAAACAAAGCAGACUAUCCAAGGAAACGAACUCUGGUACAUUUUCAAGCGGACCAAACAGCUCUGGUGUGAAAGCGACCUAAGUCACCGGACAUGGACAGCAGUCCAGGGGCAUAGCCUUCAGCAGAUCUCCUGAUGCUUAUAGAAACUGUCUCUCUCCCUCUGCAGAGGUCUGCUUCUCCCUGUGUGACUGUUGAACGACAGGGCAAAAUGUUAAGUUUAGAAAUACGCUUUUACUCUUUGAUUUGGAGGGACUGACUCAAGCGUCUGACCUUUACUCUUGACGUUUCAGGCUGUUGAUUUUCUGCCAAUCUCACUCAAUUGUAGCUGCACUAAAAAUAUCCCAAUGAGGUGGAUAACUUUACAUUUGUGACUCAUCCAUGGAAACAAAGGCCAGAGCACACAGUGAAAGUGAUUCAGUGUGCCGUGUGGUGCAUAUUGCUUCAAUAAGGCUGUGGAGAGUCAGGCAAAGAGAGGUGCUGUGAGAAUUUGAUUAUUAGAAAAUCACAAAACAACUGCCUUGAGAUAAAAGUCCCUAUGGUCAUCCAUUUGUUGCAAUUGAACAGGUAUCUUUGCAAAUUGUGUUUGAAGACAUAACAUCACAAGGAAAGCUACACAUUAAAUCUUGUGUAGGAAUAUAAAAUGUUCCCUCCUAACAGCUCUUUGAUAUCUGAGAAUUCCCGCUGGGCGGAUUUUUCCUUUAAAGCUCAGUUAGGACAAAAGCACAUGGGAAUAAGUGAUGAUCAGACCCUCUGAAUCGUUUAAAGUGUUCCUCUGUUGGGUCUUAACACUACCACUUUGUGUCAUUAAAUGCAGCAGAAAUACCUCACCAAACCAUGAUAGCACUCUGAAUCCUCUCUAGUUUGGAGAGCUUUCAAGGUGUGACUGGCAGGAGAAGCGACAAGGGAAGAGCAGAGUGACUCCCACACUUACUGGCACAUUUGUUUUUCUCAGUUGUUUCCUCUUCUUCCUCUGAAGUCGAACAUCUGGCUGCGAUGGCUGGCAGCACUGAUCCAUCUCAGCGACUAUAGAUUAUUCUGGUGCAGACGGGGGAUGACAAAAAACCAAAACAAAUAAAGAUAUGCAUGAAAAAUGGUCAACAGGAAGCAGGUUUUGUGGGUGGGUUACCAUCCUUAUUUCACUUAGAUUCCAGGCAAGCACUGUAAAUUAUUUCAGUUUUGUUGAUCCCAUGAGCUUAUGAAGACAGACCAUCUGCUUGCAGGUUGGCACUGAGACACGGUGACACCCAGGGUGACAUACUUCAACUUUUGCUUCCUGAGGGGUUUAUGAGUGCAGUGUUAGCAACAUGAAACAUGAUACUUCUUCUUCUUUUAGAUCUUGAGUGUAGGAAAACGCCUGAAUCAGUGGGCACGCUCAUGAUCUCACCUGUAGCUCUGUAUAACAAGGGAUUUGAAACCACAAGUUCCCUGAGAAAAAAAGGUUUUAUUUAUCAUUGUGAUAAAUCUGUACAUUAGAGAUGAAAAAAUGCUGUUAUUAGAUGUAUUUUUGUAGCGAAGCCUCAGUUGAAUGAGGCUCAAGUUUUUGUAUCAUGUACUCUGAUGCUAUUUAGCAAGUAUGUAAUUCACUUUCUUUGUCCUCUUGUAAAGCUGUUGUACAUAUUUCGUUAAAGUCCUUGUUAUUCAUGGGUUAAAAUGCCUUGUCUGCGUUCCUCUUAGUGACAGUUUUGUCCAAGAAAUGUGUCAAGAUCCUAUAAACCCCUAAAUUGGCAUUUUCCUGUGUGUAAUCUAAUUUCAGCAGGCUCCUAUCCUCUGGUAUUAUCCCUGCUAAUAUAACAAUAGCAAAGCAAAUUACUCUGAAAACUGAAAAUAAAUCAGUAGAUAUUACAACCUUGGGUCUCCUUGUUAUUGAGUUUCACUUAAAGGGAAUAAAGUAUCACCCCAAAUGGCUUGCUUCAUGCAAAUCAAUA